AGAGGGACCCAGACUACCUGAAGCUGUGGCUGGAGAUCUUCAUUGGCUCCUAUGAGAGAUGUCUAGAUGUGGACUUUGAGAAGCCACCCUCCAGGUAAGCAUAGCCCCAGAGGUGGGACCAAGUCACAAGGUCCAAGUCUCAAGUCGAGUCCAAGUCGUGCAUUCUAAGAGCAAGUCAUGUCGAGUCACACGUUUUUUGAAGUCAAGUAAAAUUAAAACAUUCUAUACAUGCAAUGACUUGUUCAACUACAAAUCGUCGUCUAUUUAUUGAGGCUACCAGACAUACCUUUUUAUUAUUUUGUCUAGAACACAUUUUGAUGAUGUAAUAAUUAAUUUGAACAAUAAAUUCCAAAUGUUAAUGAUUAAUUUCAGUGAAUUUUGACAUACCAAAAGAACAGUAGGACUAUGCUAGUAGCUGUUGCUUGAAGCCCCAUUGCUGGUGAGCUUGCAGAGUAAAUGGUUCCUAUUCACCAAACCAUUGUUGGAGCUGCAUAUUAAUGCCAAUCCUCUCUCCCUGCACCUGAUCCUAGAUCUGUACGGCAUAUCAACAGUCUGUUCUCUAGCUCAGUGCUUUUCAAACUUUUUGACACGUGACCCCUAAAAUGUAGUGGUUCUAAGCUUGCGACCCCCGCACACAUACGUGCAAGCGCGCACAAUCGCUGCACAAAUGUAGCCUGUCAUUACAGCAAUAAACGAUGAUGCGUAUUCAAAACGCAAGAUACAUAAAUAAACUGUGUUUUGCACCUUCAUUUUGAGCUGAAAGUCAUUCAUGUUAGCAGUCAAUAUCAACUAGGGAUAUCAUGCCACAUUGUCACUUCUCUGGAGUCCAGAGCAAGCAGGAUCAUACGGCCUAACUGUAUGUAGCAGGAUCAUACGGCCUACCUGUAUGUAGCAGGAUCAUACGGCCUACCUGUAUCAAGCAGGAUCAUACUGCCCACCUGUAUGUAGCAGGAUCAUACGGCCUACCUGUAUCAAGCAGGAUCAUACUGCCCACCUGUAUGUAGCAGGAUCAUACGGCCUACCUGUAUGCAGCAGGAUCAUACGGCCUACCUGUAUGCAGCAGGAUCAUACGGCCUACCUGUAUGUAGCAGGAUCAUACGGCCUACCUGUAUGUAGCAGGAUCAUACGGCCUACCUGUAUGUAGCAGGAUCAUACGGCCUACCUGUAUGUAGCAGGAUCAUACGGCCUACCUGUAUGUAGCAGGAUCAUACGGCCUACCUGUAUGAAGCAGGAUCAUACGGCCUACCUGUAUGAAGCAGGAUCAUACGGCCUACCUGUAUGCAGCAGGAUCAUACGGCCUACCUGUAUGCAGCAGGAUCAUACGGCCUACCUGUAUGUAGCGGAGGUUGCAGCAUCGGAUGGAAAGCAUGAUCUGUCUGUAACCUUUUUCUUCCUCACAAAUAUCAAUAUUAAUUGGCUAGAAUAUGUUACAUCUUCAUCCCAUAGGUAUUGAAGUUAGUGUGAUGUUAGAGCUAACUUUAAACAUAUAGCCAAUACCACCACUGAGGUAUAGCAUUAUAACCCACACAAACUAGGCCUAACUAAAAUAUAUACAGUACCAGUCAAAAGUUUGGACACACCUACCCAUUCAAGGGUUUUUCUUUAUUUUUACUAUUUUCUACAUUGUAGAAUAAUAGUGAAGACAUCAAAACUAUGAAAUAACACAUAUGGAAUCAUGUAGUAAACAACAAAGUGUUAAACAAAUCUAAAUAUAUUUUAGAUUCUUCAAAGUAGCCACCCUUUGCCUUGAUGACAGCUUUGCACACUCUUGGCAUUCUCUCAACCAGCUUCACCUGGAAUGCUUUUGCAACAGUCUUGAAGGAGUUCCAACAUAUGCUGAGCACUUGUUGGCUGCUUUUCCUUCACUCUGCGGUCCAACUCAUCCCAAACCAUCUCAAUUGGGUUGAGGUCGGGGGAUUGUGGAGGCCAGGUCAUCUGAUGCAGCACUCCAUCACUCUCCUUGGUCAAAUAGCCCUUACACAGCCUAGAGGCUUUAACUUUAAAAGUUCUUGACAUUUUCCGUAUUGACCAACCUUCAUGUCUUAAAGUAAUGAUGGACUGUCGUUUCUCUUUGCUUUUUGGAGCUGUUCUUGCCAUAAUGUGGACUUGGUCUUUUAUCAAAUAGGGCUAUCUUCUGUAUACCACCCCUACCUUGUCACAACACAGCUGAUUGGCUCAAACGCAUUAAGAAGGAAAUAAAUUCAAAUUAACUUUUAACAAGGCACACCUGUUAAUUGAAAUGCAAUCCUGGUGACUACCUCAUGAAGCUGAUUGAGGGAAUGCCAAUACUGUGCAAAGCUGUCAUCAAGGCAAAGGGUGGCUACUUUGAAGAAUCUCAAAUAUAAAAUAUAUUUUGAUUUGUUUAACACUAUUUUGGUUGCUACAUGAUUCCAUAUGUGUUAUUUCAUAGUUUAGAUUUGUAGAUUAGUAGAUAGUAGAUUGCCUAACGGUACUUUACACAGAGUGUACAAAGCACUAGGAACACCUCUUUCCAUGACAGACUGACCAGGUGAAUCCAGGUGAAAGCUAUGAUCCCACUUCAAUCAGUGUAGAUGAAGGGGAGGAUACUUUUUAAGCCUUGAGACAGUUGAGACAUCAUGGAUUAUGUAUGUGUGUCAUUCAGAGGGUGAAUGGGCAAGACAAAAGAUUUAAGUGCCUUUGAACGGGGUAUGGUAGUAGGUGCCGGGUGCACCGGUUGAGUGUGUCAAGAACUGCAACCCUGCUGGGUUUUUCACGCUCGACAGUUUCCCGUGUGUUUCAAGAAUGGUCAUGGACAUCCAGCCAAUUUGUGGGAAGCAUUGGAGUUAACAUGGGCCAGCAUCCCUUUGGAUGCUUUCGACACCUUGUAGAGUCCAUGCCCGACGAAUUGAGGCUGUUCUGAGGGCAAAAGGGUGUGCAACUCAAUAUUAGGAAGGUGUUCCUAAUGUUUGAUGUACUCUGUAUGCAGCCUAUUAAAAUAUGUAUGAAAAAUAUAUAUUUUUCCUUAUCAGUUUCACACUCGCAACCCCCCAAAACCUUCUCACUGCACUAGCUCAUCUGACCUGUGUUGAUUGACAGUUUGCAGGUCCAAUCAGAGGUCCGAGUGAGCAUUUCACUAGCCAAUCAGUUUUUUUUGCAAGUGGGAUACUGUCUCGGGCUGUGUGGAGAGUAAUUCACAGAGACUCUGUGCCACAAAAUGAGUGACAAAACAUUAAACACGGUUAUCAGUGUCAAAGUCGAGUCCCAAGUGUUGAUGCUCCAAGUCCAAGUCAAGUCUCAAGUUAUUUUAUUUUCCAUCAAGUUGAUUGUCAAGUCAUCAAAUUUGAGUCCACACCUCUGCAUGGCCGUCUACCAAAUCCAGGAUAUUUGUGCCACUGGAGUGUGUGUGUGUGUGUUGCUUACUGCAAUGUCAGCCAAAUCUAACUGGAGCUACAUGUGAGUGAGUGAGUGAGUGAGUGAGUGAGUGAGAGAGAGAGACUCUCUGCUCUCACAUGCCUGGUCAGUCCUGUCAGAUGACGGUUACGUAAGGGUGUGUGGGAUUGGAGAGCGUGUAGUGCGGAGCAAUGUGAAAGCAGAUUACUUUCCAUUAGAUCCGCCAGUACGGUUGUUUGUUCGGUGCCGUGCCUCUUUCCCACUCCAACCUCUCUCUCUCUCUUUCCCACUCCAACCUCUCUCUCUCUCUUUCCCACUCCAACCUCUCUCUCUCUUUCCCACUCCACCUCCCCCCUCUGCCGCAGCUGUCCUGCUUUCCCAGCGACACGCUCUUACCCCGAUUUGGGAAUGCUCAUCUGGGCUCUGUUUGGUCUGUUUGGGAAAAUAACCCAUUCCUCUAGGAUGAGCUCAGUCUACAGAGGGGGACAGAGACAGAGCUAGGUUCGCUGAUGUUAGCAGUGCAGUGGAAGGUUUUAUGACAUUAGCCUAUCAGCAAACACUAGUAUUAAGGGCAUCAUGGUGUGUUGCUGAGGUAGAUGUGUGUAAUGUACCUGAAUGCCCUAGAGGUUUGGGUGGUUUAUUUGCCUGUGUGUGUGCUUGCAUAGUAUUUGUGUGAAUGCAGGUGAGAGGUGAGCAUGUUUUGGUGUUCCCCUUAUUUCACCACCAUCACUAACUCUGUCUCUCUCGGUCUCUCUCUCGGUCUCGCUCUCUCCUGGUCUCGCUCUCUCUUGGUCUCUCUCUCGGUCUCUCUCUCUCUCUCUCGGUCUCUGUCUCUCUCUGUCUCUCUGUCUCUCUCUCUCUGUCUCUGUCUGUCUCUCUCUCAUUCUCUGUCUGUCUGUGUCUCCCUCUCCCUCCCUCCCAGGUUGGAGGAGGUGCCUCCAGUGAUGACCCUGCUGCCAGACAACAUCCUGCAGGUGUUGCGUCACCAGCUGCUCCAGUGUGUCCAGAAGGCCUCGGACGGCCUGGAGCAGGAGCAGCAGAACCUGGCCCUCCUGCUGGUCAAGUUCCUCAUCGUGGCCUGCAGGUUGGUCUGUGUGUGGUGUGUCUGUACGACCAGGAACAGCAGAGUCUGGCCCCUCCACCUACCAAGGCCUGGUUGUGUGAACCCGGUCUGUCCAUAUUAAGGUGGUUGAGUGUGUGGUUGGACCACAGAAUUUGAAUAAUUUGUAAUUCUGUGGGUUGGACCACUUUUAUAGGUAAUGUCUAUGGAUAGGAACCACUCUAGCCUAGGUUGACAGGUCUUAGUGCCCCUGGUUUUAAACCUCCUUCUGCAGCCUAGCAGUAGGAGUAGGCAGGUGGUUCAGGAUGGCACGCAAUAGAACGUUAUUUGCAACAGAAAGCGAAAACAAGUGAAAGUAUCUCCCUGGCUGCUUCAGUCUGUAGUCUUCUAUAUGGUGCCGUCAUGAACAUGACCCUUAGGGGUAUGCAACAAAGCAGGAUCAAUGAGUUAGACAGCUAUCUUGCCUUCAUAUUCUGAAAUAACUUUUUAUUUAAAAAAAGAUAACCUUGAAAUGGGCAUGGUCUAAUUGACUCAACAACCAAAAACAGAUAUCUUAGUUUAGCUUUCUUAAUGAACCAGAAAAUCAAUAGUGAUGUCUAAAUGUCAAAUGUAGCACAUUUAUCCAGCUUUGUAGUGAUGGAUGAUGAGCUACUAUAACAGACAUGACUCUCUCUCUCUCUGUUGGAACCUGUCACUACUAUAACAGAUAUGACUCUCUCUCUCUCUCUGUUGGAACCUGUCACUACUAUAACAGACAUGACUCUCUCUCUGUUGGAUCCUGUCACUACUAUAACAGACAUGACUCUCUCUCUGUUGGAACCUGUCACUACUAUAACAGAUAUGACUCUCUCUCUCUGUUGGAACCUGUCACUACUAUAACAGACAUGACUCUCUCUCUCUCUGUUGGAACCUGUCACUACUAUAACAGACAUGACUCUCUCUCUGUUGGAACCUGUCACUACUAUAACAGACAUGACUCUCUCUCUGUUGGAACCUGUCACUACUAUAACAGAUAUGACUCUCUCUCUCUGUUGGAACCUGUCACUACUAUAACAGACAUGACUCUCUCUCUCUCUGUUGGAACCUGUCACUACUAUAACAGACAUGACUCUCUCUGUUGGAACCUGUCACUACUAUAACAGAUAUGACUCUCUCUCUGUUGGAACCUGUCACUACUAUAACAUACAUGACUCUCUCUCUGUUGGAACCUGUCACUACUAUAACAGACAUGACUCUCUCUCUCUGUUGGAACCUGUCACUACUAUAACAGAUAUGACUCUCUCUCUCUGUUGGAACCUGUCACUACUAUAACAGACAUGACUCUCUCUCUCUGUUGGAACCUGUCACUACUAUAACAGACAUGACUCUCUCUCUCUCUCUGUUGGAACCUGUCACUACUAUAACAGAUAUGACUCUCUGUUGGAACCUGUCACUACUAUAACAGAUAUGACUCUCUCUCUCUCUGUUGGAACCUGUCACUACUAUAACAGAUAUGACUCUCUCUCUGUUGGAACCUGUCACUACUAUAACAGAUAUGACUCUCUCUCUGUUGGAACCUGUCACUACUAUAACAGACAUGACUCUCUCUCUGGAACCUGUCACUACUAUAACAGAUAUGACUCUCUCUCUCUCUGUUGGAACCUGUCAUUACUAUAACAGAUAUGACUCUCUCUCUCUCUGUUGGAACCUGUCACUACUAUAACAGAUAUGACUCUCUCUCUCUGUUGGAACCUGUCACUACUAUAACAGACAUGACUCUCUCUCUCUCUCUGUUGGAACCUGUCACUACUAUAACAGAUAUGACUCUCUCUCUCUCUGUUGGAACCUGUCACUACUAUAACAGACAUGACUCUCUCUCUGGAACCUGUCACUACUAUAACAGACAUGACUCUCUCUCUGGAACCUGUCACUACUAUAACAGAUAUGACUCUCUCUCUCUGUUGGAACCUGUCAUUACUAUAACAGAUAUGACUCUCUCUCUCUCUGUUGGAACCUGUCACUACUAUAACAGAUAUGACCUCUCUCUGUUGACCUUCAUACUUACAAUAUGCUCUCUCUCUGUUGGAACCUGUCACUACUAUAACAGAUAUGACUCUCUCUCUCUCGUUGGAACCUGUCACUACUAUAACAGAUAUGACUCUCUCUCUCCUCUGUUGGAACCUGUCACUACUAUAACAGACAUGACUCUCUCUCUCUCUCUCUCUGUUGGAACCUGUCACUACUAUAACAGAUAUGACUCUCUCUCUCUCUGUUGGAACCUGUCACUACUAUAACAGAUAUGACUCUCUCUCUCUCUGUUGGAACCUGUCACUACUAUAACAGAUAUGACUCUCUCUCUCUCUGUUGGAACCUGUCACUACUAUAACAGAUAUGACUUCUCUCUGGACCUCAUACUUAAGACACUCCUCUCGUGAACCUUCACUAUAACAGAUAUGACUCUCUCUCUCUCUGUUGGAACCUGUCACUACUAUAACAGACAUGACUCUCAUCUCUCUCUGUUGGAACCUGUCACUACUAUAACAGAUAUGACUCUCUCCUCUCUCUGUUGGAACCUGUCACUACUAUAACAGACAUGACUCUCUCCUCUCUCUGUUGGAACCUGUCACUACUAUAACAGAUAUGACUCUCUCUCUCUUGUUGGAACCUGUCACUACUAUAACAGACAUGACUCUCUCUCUCUCUCUCUGUUGGAACCUGUCACUACUAUAACAGAAUGAUACUCUCUCCUCUCUGUUGGAACCUGUCACUACUAUAACAGACAUGACUCUCUCUCUCUCUGUUGGAACCUGUCACUACUAUAACAAUAUGACUCUCUCUCCUGUUGGAACCUGUCACUACUAUAACAGACAUGACUCUCUCUCUCUGUUGGAACCUGUCACUACUAUAACAGAUAUGACUCUCUCUCUGUUGGAACCUGUCACUACUAUAAACAGACAUGACUCUCUCUCUGUUGGAACCUGUCACUACUAUAACAGAUAUGACUCUCUCUCUCUGUUGGAAACCUGUCACUACUAUAACAGACAUGACUCUCUCUCUCUCUGUUGGAACCUGUCACUACUAUAACAGAUAUGACUCUCUCUCUGUUGGAACCUGUCACUACUAUAACAGACAUGACUCUCUCUCUGUUGGAACCUGUCACUACUAUAACAGAUAUGACUCUCUCUCUGUUGGAACCUGUCACUACUAUAACAGACAUGACUCUCUCUCUCUCUGUUGGAACCUGUCACUACUAUAACAGAUAUGACUCUCUCUGUUGGAACCUGUCACUACUAUAACAGAUAUGACUCUCUCUCUCUGUUGGAACCUGUCACUACUAUAACAGACAUGACUCUCUCUCUCUCUGUUGGAACCUGUCACUACUAUAACAGACAUGACUCUCUCUCUCUCUGUUGGAACCUGUCACUACUAUAACAGAUAUGACUCUCUCUCUGUUGGAACCUGUCACUACUAUAACAGAUAUGACUCUCUCUCUCUGUUGGAACCUGUCACUACUAUAACAGACAUGACUCUCUCUCUCUCUGUUGGAACCUGUCACUACUAUAACAGACAUUGACUCUCUCUCUCUCGUUUGGAACCUGUCACUACUAUAACAGACAUGACUCCUCUCCUUUCUCCUCUGUUGGAACCUGUCACUACUAUAACAGAUAUGACUCUCUCUCUCUGUUGGAACCUGUCACUACUAUAACAGACAUGACUCUCUCUCUCUCUGUUGGAACCUGUCACUACUAUAACAGACAUGACUCUCUCUCUCUGUUGGAACCUGUCACUACUAUAACAGACAUGACUUCUCUCUCUCUUGACUCCUACUAACAUGACUCUCUGUUGGAACCUGUCACUACUAUAACAGAAUGACUCUCUCUUCUCUGUUGGAACCUGUCACUACUAUAACAGACAUGACUCUCUCUCUCUCUGUUGGAACCUGUCACUACUAUAACAGACAUGACUCUCUCUCUGUUGGAACCUGUCACUACUAUAACAGAUAUGACUCUCUCUCUCUGUUGGAACCUGUCACUACUAUAAAAGACUUGACUCUUCUCCUCUCCUCUCUGUUGGAACCUGUCACUACUAUAACAGAUAUGACUCCUCUCUCUGUUGGAACCUGUCACUACUAUAACAGACAUGACUCUCUCUCUGUUGGAACCUGUCACUACUAUAACAGAUAUGACUCUCUCUCUCUGUUGGAACCUGUCACUACUAUAACAGACAUGAUCCUCUCUCUCUUGACCGUCACUACUAUAACAAAGACUUCUCUCUCUGUUGGAACCUGUCACUACUAUAACAGAUAUGACUCUCUCUCUCUGUUGGAACCUGUCACUACUAUAACAGACAUGACUCUCUCUCUGUUGGAACCUGUCAUUACUAUAACAGAUAUGACUCUCUCUCUCUGUUGGAACCUGUCACUACUAUAACAGACAUGACUCUCUCUCUGUUGGAACCUGUCACUACUAUAACAGAUAUGACUCUCUCUCUCUGUUGGAACCUGUCACUACUAUAACAGACAUGACUCUCUCUCUCUCUGUUGGAACCUGUCACUACUAUAACAGAUAUGACUCUCCUCUGUUGGAACCUGUCACUACUAUAACAGAUAUGACUCUCUCUCUCUGUUGGAACCUGUCACUACUAUAACAGACAUGACUCUCUCUCUCUCUGUUGGAACCUGUCACUACUAUAACAGACAUGACUCUCUCUCUCUCUGUUGGAACCUGUCACUACUAUAACAGAUAUGACUCUCUCUGUUGGAACCUGUCACUACUAUAACAGAUAUGACUCUCUCUCUCUGUUGGAACCUGUCACUACUAUAACAGACAUGACUCUCUCUCUCUCUGUUGGAACCUGUCACUACUAUAACAGACAUGACUCUCUCUCUCUCUGUUGGAACCUGUCACUACUAUAACAGACAUGACUCUCUUUCUCUCUGUUGGAACCUGUCACUACUAUAACAGAUAUGACUCUCUCUCUCUGUUGGAACCUGUCACUACUAUAACAGACAUGACUCUCUCUCUCUCUGUUGGAACCUGUCACUACUAUAACAGACAUGACUCUCUCUCUGUUGGAACCUGUCAUUACUAUAACAGAUUAUGACUCUCUCUCUCUCUCUGUUGGAACCUGUCACUACUAUAACAGAUAUGACUCUCUCUCUCUCUGUUGGAACCUGUCACUACUAUAACAGACAUGACUCUCUCUCUCUGUUGGAACCUGUCACUACUAUAACAGACCAUGACUCUCUCUCUGUUGGAACCUGUCACUACUAUAACAGAUAUGACUCUCUCUCUCUGUUGGAACCUGUCACUACUAUAACAGACAUGACUCUCUCUCUCUCUGUUGGAACCUGUCACUACUAUAACAGAUAUGACUCUCUCUCUGUUGGAACCUGUCCACUACUAUAACAGACAUGACUCUCUCUCUGUUGGAACCUGUCACUACUAUAACAGAUAUGACUCUCUCUCUCUGUUGGAACCUGUCACUACUAUAACAGACAUGACUCUCUCUCUCUCUGUUGGAACCUGUCACUACUAUAACAGAUAUGACUCUCUCUCUGUUGGAACCUGUCACUACUAUAACAGACAUGACUCUCUCUCUGUUGGAACCUGUCACUACUAUAACAGAUAUGACUCUCUCUCUCUGUUGGAACCUGUCACUACUAUAACAGACAUGACUCUCUCUCUCUCUGUUGGAACCUGUCACUACUAUAACAGAUAUGACUCUCUCUGUUGGAACCUGUCACUACUAUAACAGAUAUGACUCUCUCUCUCUGUUGGAACCUGUCACUACUAUAACAGACAUGACUCUCUCUCUCUCUGUUGGAACCUGUCACUACUAUAACAGACAUGACUCUCUCUCUCUCUGUUGGAACCUGUCACUACUAUAACAGAUAUGACUCUCUCUGUUGGAACCUGUCACUACUAUAACAGAUAUGACUCUCUCUCUCUGUUGGAACCUGUCACUACUAUAACAGACAUGACUCUCUCUCUCUCUGUUGGAACCUGUCACUACUAUAACAGAUAUGACUCUCUCUCUCUCUGUUGGAACCUGUCACUACUAUAACAGACAUGACUCUCUUUCUCUCUGUUGGAACCUGUCACUACUAUAACAGAUAUGACUCUCUCUCUCUGUUGGAACCUGUCACUACUAUAACAGACAUGACUCUCUCUCUCUCUGUUGGAACCUGUCACUACUAUAACAGACAUGACUCUCUCUCUCUGUUGGAACCUGUCAUUACUAUAACAGACAUGACUCUCUCUCUCUCUCUCUCUCUCUGUUGGAACCUGUCACUACUAUAACAGAUAUGACUCUCUCUCUCUCUGUUGGAACCUGUCACUACUAUAACAGACAUGACUCUCUCUCUCUCUGUUGGAACCUGUCACUACUAUAACAGACAUGACUCUCUCUCUGUUGGAACCUGUCACUACUAUAACAGAUAUGACUCUCUCUCUCUGUUGGAACCUGUCACUACUAUAACAGACAUGACUCUCUCUCUCUCUGUUGGAACCUGUCACUACUAUAACAGAUAUGACUCUCUCUCUGUUGGAACCUGUCACUACUAUAACAGACAUGACUCUCUCUCUGUUGGAACCUGUCACUACUAUAACAGAUAUGACUCUCUCUCUCUGUUGGAACCUGUCACUACUAUAACAGACAUGACUCUCUCUCUCUCUGUUGGAACCUGUCACUACUAUAACAGAUAUGACUCUCUCUGUUGGAACCUGUCACUACUAUAACAGAUAUGACUCUCUCUCUCUGUUGGAACCUGUCACUACUAUAACAGACAUGACUCUCCUCUCUCUGUUGGAACCUGUCACUACUAUAACAGACAUGACUCUCUCUCCUCUGUUGGAACCUGUCAGUACUAUAAAGACAUGACUCUCUCUCUCUCUCUGUUGGAACCUGUCACUACUAUAACGACAUGACUCUCUCUCUCUCUGUUGGAACCUGUCACUACUAUAACAGAUUGACUCUCUCCUCUCUGUUGGAACCUGUCACUACUAUAACAGACAUGACUCUCUCUCUCUCUGUUGAACCUGUCACUACUAACAGAACUCUCCUCUUCGUUGGAACCUGUCACUACUAUAACAGAUAUGACUCUCUCUCCUCUGUUGGAACCUGUCACUACUAUAACAGACUCUUUCCGUUGAACUGAUACUAUAACAGACAUGACCUCUCUCUCUCUGUUGGAACCUGUCACUACUAUAACAGACAUGACUCUCUCUCUCUCUGUUGGAACCUGUCACUACUAUAACAGACAUGACUCUCUCUCUCUGUUGGAACCUGUCAAUACUAUAACAUGACUCUCUCUCUCUGUUGGAACCUUCAUUACUAUAACAGACAUGACUUACUCUCUCUCUCUCUCUCGUUGGAACCUGUCACUACUAUAACAUAUAUGACUCUCAUCUUGUUGGAACCUGUCACUACUAUAACAGAUAUGACUCUCUCUCUUGUUGGAACCUGUCACUACUAUAACAGACAUGACUCUCUCGCUCUUGUUGGAACCUGUCAUUACUAUAACAGACAUGACUCUCUCCCUCUCUCUUGUUGGAACCUGUCACUACUAUAACAAUAUACUCUCUUUCUCUCCUAAUUAAUUUCAUUCAUUGUUAAGGCUUUAUUGCAUGGGAAACAUAUUUUCUUCCAAACAGUAAAUAAAUAAAAAAUUACGUAACUUACUCACAAGUUCAAAAGAAUAACAUUUCAUGUCAUUUUGUAUUAUCAGUGGUUGUAACGCAUGUUCAAUACAAGAAUAAAUAUUUACAGUGUUUGCUUCACUUUGCCCCUUUUUGUGGCACGUCACAAAUUGUGCUGCUGUGAUUGCACACUGUGGUAUUUCACCCAAUAGAUAUGGGAGUUAAUCAAAAUUGGAUUUGUUUUCGAAUUCUUUGUGGGUCUGUGUAAUCUGAGGGAAAUAUGUGUCUCUGUGGUCAUACAUUUGGCAGGAAGUUAGGAAGUGCAGCUCAGUUUCCACCUCAAUUUGUGGGCAGUGUGCACAUAGCCUGUCUUCUCUUGAGAGCCAGGUCUGCCUACGGCGGCCUUUCUCAAUAGCAAGGCUAUGCUCACUGAGUCUGUACAUAAUCAAAGCUUUCCUUCAUUUUCAGGUAUUCUGCCACUGUGUACUCUCUGUUUAGGGCCAAAUAGCCUUCUAGUUUGCUCAGUUUUUUGGUAAAUUCUUUCCAAUGUGUCAAGUAAUUAUCUUUUUAUUUUAUUUUGGUUGGGUCUAAUUGUGUUGUGUCCUGGGGCUCUGUGGGGUCUGUUUGUGUUUGUGAACAGAACCCCAGGACCAGCUUGCUUAGGGGGCUCUUCUCCAAGUUCAUUUCUCUGUAGGUGAUGGCUUUGUUAUGGAAGGUUUGGGAAUCGCUUCCUUUUAGGUGGUUGUAGAAUUUAACAGCUCUUUUCUGGAUUUUGAUCAUCUUUCUCUCUCUCUCUCUCUCUCUCUCUCUCUCUCUCUCUCUCUCUCUCUGCAGGAACCUGUCCAAUGUGGAGGAGAUAGGUACCUGCUCCUACAUCAACCAUGUCAUCACCAUGACAACGCUGUACAUCCAGCAGGUCUGAUUCCUCUCCCCUUUAUUCACCCUCCUCUCCCCCCUUUAUUCACCCUCCUCUCCCCCCUUUAUUCACCCUCCUCUCCCCCUUUAUUCCCCCUCCUCUCCCCCUUUAUUCACCCUCCUCUCCCCCUUCAUCCACCCUCCUCUGCCCCUUUAUUCACCCUCCUCUCCCCCCUUUAUCCACCCUCCUCUCCCCCCUUUAUCCACCCUCCUCUCCCCCUUUAUUCACCCUCCUCUCCCCCCUUUAUUCACCCUCCUCUCCCCCUUUAUUCACCCUCCUCUCCCCCCUUUAUUCACCCUCCUCUCCCCCCUUUAUUCACCCUCCUCUCCCCCUUUAUUUUUAUUUAACCUUUAUUUAACUAGGCAAGUCAGUUAAGAACAAAUUCUUAUUUACAAUGACGGCCUGCACUGGCCAAACCCGGACGACGCUGGGCCGCCCUAUGGGACUCCCAAUCACGGACGGUUGUGAUACAGCCUGGAAUCGAACCAGGGGGUCUGUAGUGACGCCUCAAGCACUGAGAUGCAGUGCCUUAGACUGCUGCGCCACUCCCCCCCUUUAUUCACCCUCCUCUCCCCCUUUUAUUCACCCUCCUCUCCCCCUUUAUUCACCCUCCUCUCCCCCUUUUAUUCACCCUCCUCUCCCCCUUUUAUUCACCCUCCUCUCCCCCUUUAUCCACCCUCCUCUCCCCCUUUUAUUCACCCUCCUCUCCCCCCUUUAUUCACCCUCCUCUCCCCCUUUUAUUCACCCUCCUCUCCCCCUUUAUUCACCCUCCUCUCCCCCUUUAUUCACCCUCCUCUCCCCCUUUAUUCACCCUCCUCUCCCCUUUUAUUCACCCUCCUCUCCCCUAUUUGACUCUGUUACCUUUUACCCAGUCACUAUGAUCUAUGAUUUGGUAUAGGGACGUGUGUGUGUGUGUGUGUGCAUGCAUUCGUGUUAGUCUGUUUCAAAACAGACUUGCACAAAAUUAUUUUGAGCAAGUCACAAUGAUUAGAUAGAGGUACAUUCCUGUGAGGUUACACAUUCCUGUGUGCCUCUUUCUCUCUGUCCUGUGUGUGUCUUCUAGCCUCACCAUGCUCUCUCUCUCUCUCCUACAGCUGAAGAGUAAGACGAAGGAGAAGGAGAUGGUGGACCAGACUCAGGCCGAGGAGUUUGUCCGCCACUCUCUGGCCUUCUGCGAGAGCCUGUACGACCCCUACCGGAACUGGAGACAUCGCACCUGCGGGUACGCUAAGUCGCUAACUGUCGCCGUGUUUGUUUAUUUAUAAUCCUUUAUUUAACCAGGAAGUCACAUUGAGAUUGAGAUGUAUUUGUCAAGUGAGCCCUGGAGCAGUGAGUGAACAAUGUUUCCUUCCUCAAACAUCUCCUGAGGUAACCCCAGCCAUUCAACUUACUUCAUCUAUUUGAUAUAUUCCAGUACCUGAUUGACCUUCUGCACUUAUCAUCUGGGUACUGGAGGAGCAGGCUCAAGCAUGCAUUAAGAAGCAGGGCUCUAUCAGCACCAAUGCUCUAGUGGGUACUGAAGCACUAGAUACAAUGCUCUUAGGAUCUAUCAUCAUAAUAUACUUAUCCCACCAUGGUUCAUUCUAGUGUUACACUUCUGAAAACACUUUUAGCCUUUUCACACUAUCGUGCCGACCCGAAUGGUAAUGUGCUGGCUUGGAUGUUAUUUUUUCUUCACAGUACAGCUCUGCUUGGUUUAGCUCAGUCGUAUACAAAUAUUUUCUCCUAAGUGCCAAAACACUACACAAAUCAAUCCAAGUAGUGUUAGUUAUAAUCCUGUGCUAAACCCUCCCAGUGCAAUGUUCCUGCUCACAGACACACACAGAGUUUGGAGAGGGGGUCUGUUUCUGACACCAUGUGUUUUGCGUUUCCCUGUGGUCUCCAGGGACCAGCGGAGUACGGUGGAGAAGAGCAGACAGAAGUACAAAGCAGCUCCUCUCACCGUGGAGUUUGUCCCUUUCUUCUACCGUGAGUUUGACUCCCUUUUCAAAACAUUUUCUCCUUACUGAACACAACCCAGUUAGCCUCUCCAGAGGGGUCAUUCAGAGGGGUCAUUCAGAGGGGUCAUUCAGAGGGGUCAUCCAGCGGGGGAAAUUCAGUGGGGUCAUUGACAGUAGUGAAUCAGGAAGCCAUGUUCUACUCAAUGAAAAGCAGCAACUCUCUAGAGAAAACAGAUCACUCUUCUCUGCUUUCCUCUCCCAUUUUAGGAACAGCCUCCCCUCAGAGCUCCACUCUCUUUCCUAUCCCAGAUUAGGAACAGCCUCCCCUCAGAGCUCCACUCUCUUUCCUCUCCCAGUUUAGGAACAGCCUCCCCUCAGAGCUCCACUCUCUUUCCUCUCCCAGUUUAGGAACAGCCUCCCCUCAGAGCUCCACUCUCUUUCCUCUCCCAGUUUAGGAACAGCCUCCCCUCAGAGCUCCACUCUCUUUCCUCUCCCAGUUUAGGAACAGCCUCCCCUCAGAGCUCCACUCUUUUUCCUCUCCCAGUUUAGGAACAGCCUUCCCUCAGAGCUCCACUCUCUUCCCUCUCCCAGUUUAGGAACAGCCUCCCCUCAGAGCUCCACUCUCUUUCCUCUCCCAGUUUAGGAACAGCCUCCCCUCAGAGCUCCACUCUCUUUCCUCUCCCAGUUUAGGAACAGCCUCCCCUCAGAGCUCCACUCUAUUUUCCUCUCCCAGUUUAGGAACAGCCUCCCCUCAGAGCUCCACUCUCUUUCCUCUCCCAGUUUAGGAACAGCCUCCCCUCAGAGCUCCACUCUAUUUUCCUCUCCCAGUUUAGGAACAGCCUCCCCUCAGAGCUCCACUCUCUUGCCUCUCCCAGUUUAGGAACAGCCUCCCCUCAGAGCCUCCACUCUUUCCCUCCCUCCCUCUCUGCCCCAGAUGAAUCCAGUCUUUGUGUUUUCUCCUCAGUCUGUUUGCCAGGCUGUUCUGAUCAGCCUGAUAGUGAACGGUGGCUGUCUGGGCCUCUGGCGACAGCAGCCAUCUUGGAACAAACAGCCUCUCUUUGUGUCUGUGGUUCUGUCAACACAACAGAGAUAACUCCAGCCAGUCGCCUCAAGCCCAUUCCAGCAACCUGCCACAGUGUGUGACUGUGUGUGACUGUGUGUGACUGUGUGUGACUGUGUGUGACUGUGUGUGUGUGUGUGUGUGUGUGUGUGUGUGUAUAAGACAAGUGUGUGUGAGUGGGGGACGCUCCGAGAGGGAGUGGAGAACGAGGUAGAGGGGGACGAGGUAGUGGAGGACCUUAAUCUGUCUUGUCUGGGAUCAUUGGUUCGGGCCUAGCCUUAUCCCUCUGGGAUUGAUUGGUUCUGCCUGGCGUUGGCCUGUAGAGUGUGAAUGUGCUGACCUGGGAGCUGCUGCUGCUGCUCCUCACUGGGAUGUGUUAACAGAUGAGUUAAUGUAUGACUGAGAAGACUGGCCCCAAGGGAACAUGAGAGACUGUGUCUGUGGGCAUGUGUGUGUGCAUGCCACGGUGUGUGCGAUGCGUGUGCGACUGUGUGUGCGAUGCGUGUGUGAGUGAAUGAAUGUACUGUUUGUAUGAGCGAGACAGGGAGCUAUUCAAGAGGCCAUUCUCUCAACACCAGACCAGACUGCUACAGGGAGCCAUUCAAGAGGCCAUUCUCUCAACACCAGACCAGACUGCUACAGGGAGCCAUUCAAGAGGCCAUUCUCUCAACACAAGACCAGACUGCUACAGGGAGCCAUUCAAGAGGCCAUUCUCUCAACACCAGGCCAGACUGCUACAGGGAGCCAUUCAAGAGGCCAUUCUCUCAACACCAGACCAGACUGCUACAGGGAGCCAUUCAAGAGGCCAUUCUCUCAACACAAGACCAGACUGCUACAGGGAGCCAUUCAAGAGGCCAUUCUCUCAACACCAGGCCAGACUGCUACAGGGAGCCAUUCAAGAGGCCAUUCUCUCAACACCAGACCAGACUGCUACAGGGAGCCAUUCAAGAGGCCAUUCUCUCAACACCAGACCAGACUGCUACAGGGAGCCAUUCAAGAGGCCAUUCUCUCAAACACCAGACCAGACUGCUACAGGGAGCCAUUCAAGAGGCCAUUCUCUCAACACCAGACCAGACUGCUACAGGGAGCCAUUCAAGAGGCCAUUCUCUCAACACCAGACCAGACUGCUACAGGGAGCCAUUCAAGAGGCCAUUCUCUCAACACCAGACCAGACUGCUACAGGGAGCCAUUCAAGAGGCCAUUUUCUCAGCACCAGACCAGACUGCUACAGGGAGCCAUUCAAGAGGCCAUUCUCUCAACACCAGACCAGACUGCUACAGGGAGCCAUUCAAGAGGCCAUUCUCUCAACACCAGACCAGACUGCUACAGGGAGCCAUUCAAGAGGCCAUUUUCUCAGCACCAGACCAGACUGCUACAGGGAGCCAUUCAAGAGGCCAUUCUCUCAACACAAGACCAGACUGCUACAGGGAGCCAUUCAAGAGGCCAUUCUCUCAACACCAGACCAGACUGCUACAGGGAGCCAUUCAAGAGGCCAUUCUCUCAACACAAGACCAGACUGACCUCAUGUUGUUAUAUUUGCAUAACUAACUAAACGCCCACAGUGUUCAAAUCAAAUCAAAUCAAAUUUUAUUGGUCACAUGCGCCGAAUACAACAGGUGCAGACAUUGCAGUGAAAUGCUUACUUACAGCCCUUAACCAACAGUGCAUUUAUUUUAAACAAAAAAAGUAAGAAUAAAACAACAACAACAAAAAAGUGUUGAGAAAAAAAGAGCAGAAGUAAAAUAAAGUGACAGUAAGGAGGCUAUAUAUACAGGGGGGUACCGUUGCAGAGUCAAUGUGCGGGGGCACCGGCUAGUUGAGGUAAUAUGUACAUGUGGGUAGAGUUAAAGUGACUAUGCAUAAAUACUUAACAGAGUAGCAGCAGCGUAAAAAGGAUGGGGUGGGGGGGCAGUGCAAAUAGUCCAGGUAGCCAUGAUUAGCUGUUCAGGAGUCUUAUGGCUUGGGGGUAGAAGCUGUUGAGAAGUCUUUUGGACCUAGACUUGGCACUCCGGUACCGCUUGCCGUGCGGUAGCAGAGAGAACAGUCUAUGACUAGGGUGGCUGGAGUCUUUGACAAUUUUGAGGGCCUUCCUCUGACACCGCCUGGUAUAGAGGUCCUGGAUGGCAGGGAGCUUUGCCCCAGUGAUGUACUGGGCCAUACGCACUACCCUCUGUAGUGCCUUGCGGUCAGAGGCCAAGCAGUUGCCAUACCAGGCGGUGAUGCAACCAGUCAGGAUGCUCUCGAUGGUGCAGCUGUAGAAUUUUUUGAAUUCCAUGUCCACUGACUGUGUGUGUGUGUUUCAGAGUGCUUCCAGGAGAGUGAACACCUGAAGGACAGUCUGAAAUGCUGUCUGUUACACCUGUUUGGAGCCAUCGUGGCAGGGGGACAGGUGAGAAUCACCCUACAUUAACACAGCAUAUGAAGUCAUGUGUGCCACGUGAACAACAGAAGGCUUUAUAGAGCACUCAAAGGUCCUCAUAUACAAUUUGUGGUAUAUACCACCCUUUAAACUGUAGCAAGACAUUUGCGUGUGAAUUAUUUCUGAAGCAUGUAUAGAGGCCGUAUAAAGAGUUUAUGAAGGCUCUCUCCCCCUCCCUCCCUCCCCCUCCCUCCCUCCCUCCCUCCCUCCCUCUCUCCCUCCCUCCCUCCCUCUCCCUCCCUCCCACCCUCUCCCCCUCCCUCCCUCCCUCCCUCCCUCCCUCCCUCUCUCCCUCCCUCCCUCCCUCCCUCUCUCCCUCCCUCCCUCCCUCUCCCUCCAUCCCUCCCUCCCUCCCUCCCUCCCUCCCUCCUCCCUCUCCUCCCUCCCUCCCUCUCCCUCUCCCUCCCUCUCCCUCCCUCCUCCCUCCCUCCCUCUCUCCUCUCCCUCCCUCCCCCUCUCCCUCCCCCCUCCCUCCCUCUGCCCUCCCUCCCUCCCUCCCUCCCUCAUCCUCCCUCCCUCCCUCCUAGCUCCCCUUCUCUUCUCCCCUCUCUAUCUCCCUCUCUAUCUCCUCUCUCCCCUCUCUAUCUCUCUCUACUCUCCCUCUCUCCCUCUCUCCUCCUCUCCUCCCUCUCUCCCCCUCUCCCCCCUCUCCUCCCUCCUCCCAUCCUCUCCUCCCUCUCUCCUCCUCUCCCUCUCUCCUCCCUUCCCUCCCUCCUCUCUCUCUCCUCUCCCUCCCCCCCCUCUCUCUCCUCUCCCUCUCCUCCUCCCUUCCCCCUCCCCCUCUCUCCCUCCCUUCCCUCUAUCCCCUCCCUCCUCUCCCUCCCUUCUCUCUCUCUCCCCCCUCUUUCCCUCUCUUCCCUCCCUCCUCUCCUCUCCCUCCCCAGAGUAAUGCUCUACUAGCCAUCUCCCCAGCCACCAUGGAGGUUCUGCUGCGUGUGCUGGGGGACUAUGAGGGGGGAGACCUGGACGGGGAGGACUGGGACAGUGAGGCUCCAGACAGGAAGUCCCUGCUCACCCUAGGCUGUCUGAGGGAGGUGGUACAUUCCCUCCUGGCAAGCAGCUCAGACCAACGCCAGGUCACUAGAAUUAUUUAGAUGUUUUUCAACAUAUUGUUUUCUUUUCCCAGCUCAAUAAACUGCAAUUAACAAUAGUUUAGGAACUUUUACAAAUCAUAGUAAAAAAAACUCUGAUCAUUAAUAAUAUAAUACAAUUUCAUAUUAAUGUAAACAGGUCAGUGCUUUUAGAGUUACCAGGGUCAGAAAUAGUGCACUAUAUAGGGAAAAGGGUGUCAUUUCUGACGCGAGCCAGAGUGUUCACUUUUAUAGUGUUUUUAUCCUAAAUUAUUAUUUAUAAUGUGUAUAUUAUUGAUUUCACUUGGCUGAAUUGACGUUCUAAUGUAGCCUAUAUUUUAAAUGUAAUAAAAUAACAUUCAUACAGGUGGAGAUCGGCUCGGUGCUGGAGAACUACUUCAAGCUGCUCAACUCUGAUCCGGCGGCGGCCGCCGUGCAGCAAGGGGUCAAAGGUCAUAAGGUGCUGGGCCGCCACUGGGAGAGCCGCUUCGUAGCGCUGCAGGUGCACAUGCUAGGUGAGUGACCGAACCCGGAUUCUCAUGUAUGCCACAAAGCUGUAAUAGCCCACUGACCUAAAGCCUAGGCAUUAGCUCAGGAAGCUAACGCAAGUCUUCAGGUCUCAGACAAGGUUACUCUUUAUGCCAGCGUGGUUUACUGAAGAACUUACAUUACCACUAGCACCUAGUAUAGGUUGAGUGUUAACCACUGUCACCUGACCAUUGUCACCUGACCAUGUCUCUGAAUGAUUUCUGAAGCAUAUAGAGAGAGGCCUUAUAAAGAGUUUAUGAAGGCGCUCGCUCACUCUCUAUCUUUCUUUCUUUCUCUCUUUCUCUCUUUCUCUCUCUCGCUCUCUCUCUCUCUUUCUUUCUUUCUCUCUUUCUCUCUUUCUCUCUCUCGCUCUCUCUCUCUCUUUUGCUCUUUCUCUUUCUCUCUUUCUCUCUCUCUCUCUCUCUCUCUCUCUCUCUCUCUCUCCAUCUCUCUCUCUCUCUCUCUCUCUCUCUCUCUCGCUUUCUCAUCCCAUCCCCCUUUCUUGCUAUCGUGUCUCUGUGACCUCCAGACACUAUCAGGGAUAUGUUCCUGUGUUCGGACCGUCCCGUCCUGCAGGCCAUCUUCCUCAACAGCAACUGCUUCGAGCACCUGACACGACUACUGCAGAACAGCAAGGUAUGGUCUCUCUCAGCCCUGGCAUGAACAAUGUUGAACAUGGGCUUGAGGAGGAUGGGGGGGGUUGGUGUAAGUCUUAAGUCUAGUUCACGUUUACUGUGUGUGGUUAUUGUGUUGACCUUUUCCUCAGCGUAUCGAGGUAACUCUGUCUAGGAAGCAUCGUGUUACCUUACACUGUGUGUGAGCCUUUCCAUUCAGGCUCACUGUGCAUGUUAUGACUGUACCUCCCCACCCAUUGCUGGAGCAUAGGUACCACUAACCCCCCCACCCCAGCCCCUCUUUGAGUCACGACCUUUACCCUCUGACCCCCCCCCCACCACCCUUUUUCUCUCUUCUCACCCGUCCUCACCACGUCCUGUUGUUGUUGGUUCAACCCUGCAGCUGGUUAAUGCUAGGUGCACGACAGCAGAGAAGGACCAGAAAGAUUUCACCAACAGGUUACUGACAGUGACAGGAGAGAGUGACACCCAGGUAUACUGCCACCCUGUCAACCUGUCACUCACGCCACCACCGCCAUCACGCUAUCGUCACCGCCAUCACCGUCAAGAUGGCCACUCCAUGACAAGACGUACAGCUGUGCUGCUCUGUAGUCAGAAACAGUCAAUCAGUCAAUUAAGCAGUCAAUCAAUCUGUCAUUCAAUCAAGUAAGCAGUCAAUCAAUCUGUCAUUCAAUCAAUUAAGCGGUCAAUAGAUAUUGACAUCAUAGCAAUCUUUACAGUAACAUUUGUCUUAAAGUACUUCAAGGUAACUUUUACAGAAAGUAGCCCGAUCUCCAAAGGGCAAACAGCAGCACCUGUAGUGUGUGUGGUCAAACCGUCACCUCAGUUCAGUGUUAUUCACCUGGCCUCCCCUGCAGUCACGGACACUCACUGCUUCCCUUUUAAUGUAGUAUAGCAUUCUUCUCUUGACAGACAGUGGUCUGUAGUGUGCUUUAGUCACAAAGACUCACCUGUAGUGAAUUAUCUGUAGGCAGACACUCACCUGUUGGUCUGGUUAUCAUGCGGCCAGGUGCGCGAGCACACACACACACACACACACACACACACACACACACACACACUCACACUACAAAGUAUUCCUUUGUAGUCAGGCACAGUUGAGCACCUGUAAUCCGAUACUCAGUCAGACUCUGUGUAGUGGCCACCCAUGGUUACCUGGUUACCUAGCAACCUGACCGCAGGCAGACCUAUGUGGUCUCCUCUCCUAUAGGUCAGCUGUGGAAUUAAUGAAUGAAGAUGAAGAAUACUUUAUUCAUCCGUUUUCCUUACAGUCCACAAAAAUGUAUUGUUUUAUUACCCAGCCCGAGACAGACACACACACACACACACACACACACACACACACACACAAUGAAAGAGUGUUGGGCCAGAAACCGAAAGGUUGCUGGUUCGAAUACUCGAGCCGUCAAGGUGAAACAUCUGUCUGUGCCCUUGAGCAAGGCACUUAACCCUAAUUUGCUCCAGGGGUGCCGUACUACUAUGGAUGACCCUGUAAAACAACACAUUUCACGGCACCAAUAUUUUUUUUCUUCUGUAUGUGAAACAUCAAAUAACGGGCAGUGCAUGCAUUAAAAACCACCAAGUAUGGUUGACACAGUAAAGGCUUAUAGUAAACUGUUGGUUUACAGGGCAAAGAUACAGUACAGUGAGAAGAACCAAUUAGCUAGUCGUCUUGUUGUGGAGUGGUCUCUUGUUCUCUCUUGUGCUAUUCAUUCCUUUUCAGCUUCCUCAUCAUGUCAUUCUUCUACCCCUCUUCUGUUUCCUCUCUUUGUUGUCUUCCCCUUCCUCCCUCCCUCCCUCCCUCCCUGUUGGUUUUCUCUGCUGGUGUCAUGUGGGUUUCCAUUGGAAUGCUGUCACCUCACCUGUCUUGUGUUACCAUGGAGACUGUGGCUACUGUCGCUAUGGACGUCCAUGGCUGAGGUGGUCUGAAAACAGCUGUUUGAGAUUAUUUCUGUGGGCUUUAUAUUCGGUUUAUUUAUUUCACCACGGACAGACCCUCUCCAGCCGGUCCGAGACACACUGAAUGUUUUACGCUCCAAUAAAGGGAGAGAAAACAGUGAUUCGGAGAAGGGCAGAGCUGGACAGAGGAUGUGUGGGUGUUUUAAAUGUGUCUGCUGACAGGAGCAAGCAUUGCUCCUCCGUGUGUGUUGGUGUUCUUUCUGUUUGCGUGAAGGAGAGAGGAAUAUUCUUUUAUAUAUAUUCUUAAAAUAUUCUGUUUUGUUGAGCCCUCAGAGCUUCCUGCUCCAGAGAGUACUACGGUAUUAGUCAGACAAUGACUCUUUCUAGACAGGAAAUGGCAAUCUUUCCUGGUGUGUUGUCUGGAGCAGAAAGGUUUGAUGUGUCUGCUUCCUCUUUAAAUAAAGGGUGAUAAGAGGAAUGAGCUCUUACACAGCAACUUCUGUAUACAAAUAAUCAGUCACUAAACCUCUGCAGUGAUUACACACACACACACACACACACACACACACACACAAACAGCCUCAUUUUAUUCCUGCAAGUGGAGUGAGGCAUCAUUAAGCAUGAUGUCAGUGUUAUAUUCUGAGAAUGACGAUCAUUGAAUGAUGAUUUGAUGAGCCAUAAAAACCUCACCUUAAUCAUUCAUUUUGUUUGCAUGAAGGCAGGGAUAAAAGGGGCGUGUUUCACUCACGUACAAUACUGCCACACCCCCCAGAGAGGUUAAGGGAAUGGGGAUUGGCUCAGGAGAAUGAUUGGCAGGUCUGAUAUCCUCUCAGGUGUUUCAAGGGCGACUGGACUCUCUCGCCGUGGCAACCAUCAAGGCCCUGACGACGGUGAUGCACAAGUCACCUGCUGCAAAGGUGAACUACACACACACACACACACACACACACACACACACACACACACAAAAAACCUUCCAACAUAUCCAUAUACAGACUGAUCCGCACAAACAGUAUUGCUAACAGUUUAGUCCCGCCCCUACAGGAGGUGUUCAAGGAGAGGAUUGGCUACACUCACCUGUAUGAGGUGCUGGUCUCCCUGGGCCAGCCCUCCAGACACCUGCUGAAGGAACUUAUGAAUAUGGUGAGAGAUUCCCCCUUGACGCUGGAGUUCUUCUGUUCUUCUCAUAUUAAAUGACAACCUAUUCCCCAUAGUAGACUACUUUUGACUGGAGUUUACAGUAACUUUAAAUGCCACUGUAACACAAAGCUUAUUGCUUUUUAAAUGUUAGGCCUAAAACCAAAAUGCAAUAACAAGCCUUCUACUUUCUAUACACAGAGUAUGGGCAUGUUGUCUUCUGGCUCAUAGUCGCAGGAGCAUUGCACUAUAUGGAGAAUAGGGUGUCAUUUGGGACUUAAAACCCCCUGUAUGUCUGUGCACUUACCCACUAUGUGGUGUCUACCCUCUCUCAGGCCGUGGAGGGUGAACACACCUCGGUGGGUAUCCUGGGCAUCAGUAACGUGGAGCCCCUGCUCCUCCUCAUCCAGUGGCUCCCAGAGAUGGACUCUGCUGAGCUGCAGGUGUUCACUGCCGACUGGCUCCGCCGCCUCUGCUGCAUCAACCGACAGACGCGCGCCACCUGUGUCAACGCCGCCAUGGCCGUGCGACUCCUCGCCACCCUUGGGCACCACGCUCGCCUGCACCGGGCGUGUGCGGAAAGCCUUGUCGGUUUGCUAGGGUCGCUGGGAAGCCAGUCGCUGAGCGGCGGGGAGCUCCUCCAGUUACUCAGGCUUCUGAGGCCGCUGGAGCCUGGGCAGGCGCACCCGUACGUUGGCCCGGUGUUGAGGGCGGUCCUGGGCAUGGUGCGAAAGCAGGGCCUGGAGAGCGCCAUGCAGUACUUUGACCUGUCGCCCAGCAUGGCCGGCAUCGCCGUGCCAAUGGUGAUGCGCUGGCCGGGCCCAGCCUUCAGCUUCCUGGCUUGGCUCUCAUUGGACCAGGACCAGCAGGGAACGCCCGGCAAGGGGGACAAGAGGAAGCAGCUGUACAGGUGAGAGAGAUGGAGGGAAGAGGAUGGAGGGAGAGGGAUGAGGGAGAGGAAGAGAUGGUAGAGGGAGGGAGGGAUGGAGGGAGAGAUGUAGAGGGAGGAAGGGAGGGAGGGAGAGGGAGAGAUGGUAGAGGGAGGGCGUGAUGGAGGCAGAGGGAGAGAUGGUAGAGGGAGGCGUGAUGGAGGAGAGGGAGGAUGGUAGAGGGAGGUGGGAUGGAGGAGGGGGGAGAUGGUUAGAGGGAGGGGUGGGAUGGAGGGAGAGGGUGAGGAUGGUGUAGAGGGAGGGUGGGAUGGAGUGGUAGGGAGGAUGGUAGAGGGGGGGGAGGGAGCGGUAGGGAGAGUGAGGGAGGUGGUGGAGUGAGGGAUGUUGGAGGGGGAGGCGGAUGAGGGGUGACGAGGGGCGUGUGGGGGAAGGGGAGGAUGUAGAGGGAGGACGGUGUUGCGGGCAGUAUGGUGGGGGAUGGUCAGCUGGUUGUCUGGGUCGUGGUGAGGGAGACUUGUCAGGGAGGAGGGCUGGGGGAGAGUGGUAGAGGGAGGGCGGGAUGGAGGGAGAGGGAGAGAUGGUAGAGGGAGGGCGUGAUGGAGGGAGAGGGAGAGAUGGUAGAGGGAGGUGGGUGAGGAGGGAGGAUGGAGGAGAGGGGAGAUGGUAUGAGGGAGGGGAUGGAGGGAGAGAUGGUAGAGGGAGGGUUGAGGUGGUAGGAUGAGUGAUUGUGGGAUGUAGGGACGUAUGGGAGAUGGGAGGCUUGGUGUGUGGAGGGAGGGGAGAUUUUGGGGGGUCUGGGGGUGAGUGCGACGAAAGAGAUUUUGAGAUGGAUGGAGAGAAAGAGACAGGAGGAUGGAGAGACAGGUUGAGUGUGUAACAUGCUCUGUUGUCUGUUCCUCUGUAGUUUCUUCACCCCGGGAGGAACGGGCUUGGAGGCCUUCAUCAGUUCAGCAGGGGUACUGGUGGUUGCCGUGUGCACCAAGAAGGAGUACAUGACGGUGAUGCUACCAGACUACUCUUUCUGUGACUCACUCUGGGUGAGUGACAUCACCACUUUGAUGUAGGCUUGUCUGUGUCAUAGAAUUAAAUAUAGAACACUAGAAUGGAUAUAUCUCUAUGGUCUGUGUGGCUGGCUGCUGACAGGGUGAAUUGUGGUAGAUUGAGUCCUGUGUGUGUGUGUUCUGUCUACAGCACAGUAUAGGUGUAGUCCAUGUACCGGGGAAGAGGCCGUUUGGACAGAGUCUAGUUUACAUCUAUGUAGAUGGACAGCAGAAACUGUCAGCACCACUUAAGUAUCCAACCAUGACAGAGGUGAGAGUUACAAUGAAUUACAUUUUUGUGGGUGCGCAUGUGUUUAUAUACAUUUGUGUGAACAUUUCUAGUGUGUGUGGCCGCGGACUCCUAUUCAGUUCCCUGACUGUGUUCUUGCCCCCUCAGCCUUUCACCUCCUGCUGCAUCGGCUCAGCAGGCCAUCGCACCACCACGCCGCCCCCCUCCCAAAUCCCAGACCCCCCCUUCUCCGGGGCGCCCCCUUCCGCCCGCUCCUCCCUGGGGGGUAUCCUGUCGGCCCAGGGCUGGGGGAGCCUCCUGGGAGGCAAGCCUGAGACGGUCACCAAGUUGAUCUCGGCGGGGACGCAGGACAGCGAGUGGGGAAGCCCCACCUCCCUGCAGGGCCAACUGGGUAGCGUCAUGGUGUUCCACGAAGCACUGCAGCCCAACCAUGUCAAGGCCCUCUGCAGCCCCGGUGAGAGAGAGGAGAGAUGGGGAGAAUCCCAAUUGCAUUUCCUUGAUUCCUCGUGUCCUCUCUUCUCGCCUCCAUCUCAAAACCUACUGGAUGAGAAAGUCAGAUGGGAGGGACCUCUGACGUUCUCAUCCAAUGGGUGUUGAGAAGGAGGCAAGGAGAGAGGACGCAAGGAAUCAAGGAAAUGUAAUUGGGAUUCUCCCAUAGAACUAUUUAAAAACGCAUCCAUGAACGUUCCUUCCUCCCUUCCUUGAGAUAAUCUCUGAUCAGGAUUGGAUUAUUGAAGCCAAUGGACUCUCUCCAUUGAUUCUCUCCCUGAAGUAUGCACCCGUUCACUCCUUUUCAUGGAUUUACAGGCAUUGGAUUGAUGUAAGCAUUGGCUGAGAAAGUUUCUACCAUAUUUCUCACACCUCUUCAUUUCUGUUGGAUAUGCAUGAAGGGGAGAGACUGAGUGCAUAUCCACUUCGGGGAGAAGUCUCGUCAAUCAGAUCUGGUCAGAAUAGUGAUUUCUUCAAGGAAGGAAGGAUGCAUUUCAUGAGCAUUGGAACAUGGCCAGGGACAGGGUUAUAAUAAUGUCAUACUUUGAUUGGUUUCCUUUUCUUCUCAGGGCCAAACUGCAUUUCUCCUUUCAAGACCCAGGAGGCGGAGCUCGGUGACCUCUCGACCAAACUCUUGCUGCACUACUCCCCCAAGGUGAUUGGACUAGGCUGCCGUCAAUCAUUUACCUCAUUACUCCCCGCCCAUGCUUUACUAUGACAGUCAUGGAUGAUGUUAAUGACUUGUGUCAGUUAUGACAGGCGGUGUAACAAUGAAAGAUGUCCCCUGGUUCCUACAGGCUUGUCGGAACCCCAUCUGUCUGGACCUGUCCCCCAACCUCCUCCAUGGGCGUCUGACUGGGAACAAGGUUGUCAACUGGGACAUCAAGGUACGGUUUAGGAGCAACAACGUAGUCUCCUAAUUUGAUGUUGACUGUUUGGUUGAUGGGCAGUAUGUAACGUGGAGGUUACAUAAGUCGAUCAGUAGCUGGAAGAUUGCUGGUUCCAAUCCCGGACAGGCAAUAGGGUGUUGUCUUGGGGGAUGGUUACAGAGCAAAAUUCUAUUCUAUUCAAUUCAGUCUGUGGUUAUUUCCCCCUUUCUGAUUCAGUCUGUGGUUAUUUCCCCCUUUCUGAUUCAGUCUGUGGUUAUUUCCCCCUUUCUGAUUCAGUCUGUGGUUAUUUCCCCCUUUCUGAUUCAGUCUGUGGUUAUUUCCCCCUUUCUGAUUCAGUCUGUGGUUAUUUCCCCCUUUCUGAUUCAGUCCGUGGUUAUUUCCCCCUUUCUGAUUCAGUCUGUGGUUAUUUCCCCCUUUCUGAUUCAGUCUGUGGCUAUUUUCCUCUUUCUGAUUCACACUCCUGUGUUCAGGAUAUGAUCAACUGCGUGGGAGGUCUACCUGUCCUCUUCCCCAUCCUGGAGCAACUGACCCUGCUGACCCCUGAGAACCACACCGCUGCCGACCCCACGGGGUCAGAGUUCAUCAGCCCCACGCCUGACGCGGCCACUUCCCCUGGGGACGGGGACUGGGUCAUCCUACCCUCCAACAGGGCCUCAGGUGAGUCCCCAGAUCAUGUGACUCAGGUGAGUCCCAUAACACAUCAUGUUUAGCUUUAGGUGGUUUUACAAGCAUUAGUUAUUGAACUGAACUGACUUUAAGUGUGUGUUUGUGUGUCUGUCUCUGUGUGUGUGUGUGUGUUUCAGAGGCGCGUCUGGAGAAGAACCUGGUUGCCACCUUCCUGCUGGUGCUGAAGCACUUCCUGCAGCGCCAUCCUAUCAACCAGGAGAGCCUGCUGCACUCCCAUGGAGUAGCCACCCUGGGGGGACUGAUGCAGAAGGUUUAGACACUCUGUUAAGGCUUUCUCUGUCUGUCUGUCUCGCUCUCCCUCUGGCUCUUUCGUUCUCUGGCUCUUUCGUUCCCUCUCUCUCCUCUGUCUCCUCUCUCUCCUCUCUCUCUCUCUCGCUCGCUCUCUAUCUGUCAUUCUCUCUCUUGCUAAUGAUCUGUGUGUGUUUCUCUCUGUGUAGCUGCCAGCCAGUCUGGUGGAUGUGAGUGUCUUGGUGUCUGCUCAGCUCCUGGUGGAGCAGGUGACCUAUGAAAAGAACCAACCGUUGCUGCAGCAGCUCCACACACACCUUCUGUUCAACUUCAGCAUCUGGAACCUGGGAGACUUCCCCCUGCGCAUCGGUGAGCUCCUGGGACUGUGUGUGUGGGGGUCUGUGUGUGGGGGUCUGUGUGUGGGGGUCUGUGUGUGGAGGUCUGUGUGUGGGGGUCUGUGUGUGGGGGGUGUUUCACUUGUGUGAGUUGAUAUGAGUGUGUGUGAGAUUGGUUGUAAAUCCAGGAACAUUUCACCAUGCUGUCUAUUUUUGGUAACUAACUGCUGCUCUUGUUAGUGUUUUUGUAUGUGGUGUGUGCAGGGUCAAAGAGUAACUCAUUACGUUUCAUCAUUUACAUGUAAUCUGAUUACCUAUUUUAAAUAAUUGUUUUUCUGUAAUCCGUUAUGUUUCUAGCUAAAAUAUUGUAAUCGGAUUACAGAUGCCUUUGAAAAAACUAGAUUACCUCUUGGAUUACUUUAAAUUCAUAAAGGAUGUUUGUGAGAAAAAAACAUUGACACCUUUCUGUUUUCUCGAUGACAUUCAAUUCAGCAUUGAAAAAAGGCGCAAGUUGACCUGAGCAAGUCAUAGACCACUAUGAUGACACACCACAUGCGUCAAGUCAUAGACCACUAUGAUGACACACCACAUGCGUCAAGUCAUAGACCACUAUGAUGACACACCACAUGCGUUUGAUGGACCCUUUUUGUAUUUUUCUGAUGCUACGUUCACGUGCUGGUCGGAACUCUGAAGUUUUCGACUUGCUAACUGGUUGAACACGGCACAUGUUAUAACUACAACCAGUUAGCAAGUCGGACAUUUCAGAGUGUCCUAGUUCCGACUAGAACGGGAACGCGUUAUUAAUGCCUCUUUUAAUGGGGAAGUAAUCCAAAAGUAACUGACAGUAAUCAGAUUAAGUUAGAGUUUGGGUAAACCAAAAGUUAUGUUACUGAUUACAUUUUUGGACAGGUAACUAGUAACUGACAGAUUACAUUUAGAAAGUAACCUACCCAACCCUGUGUGUGUUAAAGCGUGUGUGACUCUUGUCAAUCUUGUUUCUCGUGGUGAUGAAGGUCACAUCCAGUACAUGUCCACUGUCAUCAAAGACAACAGGAAGCAGUUCCGGAAGAAAUACGGAGUUCAAUUCCUACUCGACACCAUUCGCCUUUACUACGGGUGGGACUCCAUCUCCCAGAAUGCUCAGCUUCUGGUUUUUACUCAUGAUUCAUAAUUUUCCUACUCUAGCUCUAUCUGUUACAUGAGAUAUAUAUUGUAUUUUAAUGACUGUUCAAGUUCUACAGUCAAGUUUCAACUUGAUUUGUCAUAAAAUAACAUAUUAAAUAUAUGUGUUUUUUAAUACAUUAUUUGAACUCUUAUCAGUAGGAGUGCCAGCAGGGAGGGAGAUAUUAGUGAAGACGACAAUCGGACCAUCCGGGCGUCGCUCUGCGGCCUCCUGAAGUAUUACAUCAGCAAGGGUAUGACCCAGGAGGAGAUGCACAGCAUUCUGGGAUACAUCGCCGCCAUCGGAGACGAGGAACAGGUGAGGGAUGGAGGGAUGAACGGACAGAUGACGGUCCGUGGCUUGUGUCUGAAUCUUUGGCUCUGUUCCAAUAUCAACACUAAUGAAGCCAUGUAUCGUAUCAUGGAUUAGCAUGGAUAAAGCAGAUCUCCUGUAGUCAGAGGACUCCACUCCCAUCUGAGUCCCGUUGAAGAGAAGAGGGUUAAUAGAGUAUGAAGGACUGAAUGUGGAAGACCAACGAGUGCAAUUCAAUCUCUCUCACUUAAUGACCCUCUCUGAAUAAACCCAAGUUGUCUUCAAUAUCCAUGUAGUGGAAUAUCACUUAGGAAUCCUAUGAGGACCAUUGCUGUGGUGCCGAUGAGGGAGCAGCUGGCAGCUCUGUGCCUGGCACAGUGGCAAGGGGUGUGUGUUUCCAGCCUGCGGCUACACUAAGGAUAGCCCUGGUCCCUGGCCUGCUUUCCCAGCAGUAAGAGCUGGUUCCCCAGACCUCUGGAAGAAAGCUUUCCCCCUAAUAGCCUUCGACUGGCUGCUCUGUUUAACUGACUGAGGCAGACCUCUCUGUCUCUCUCAAUCUCUCUCAAGGCCCAUCCACUCACUUCACACAGGAUGUAUACGCCGGGCAUUCAUUGAUUAUCUGUUUCCUGUGUGUGUGUGACCUCUCCUUCCUUUUCUCCAGCUCUUUUUCCCACUUGUCUUUGCCUCUAUACGGUAUCCGCUUACAUAGGUUUCAAAACGUGGCCUGUGACAUCAUGGGCUGUGACAUCAUGACCUGGUCACUGCGGUGUCAAGUGUUCUCCCUCCACCGUUUUGUCUUCUCUCCCAUCCUACCCGUUUAUUAGGCUGUUCAGUCCCUGAAACCACACUAGUAAUUUACUUGCGCUCUCCACUUAACUCGAUCCUAGUCUGUGGGUGUGUGUGUGCGCUGUGUCUUGGUGGAGUUGCUAACCAAAUGUGUGUGACUAUGUGUGCCCCUCUAGCUGUGUGGAGUGAUAGAGUUGCUACUAACACUGCUCCAGACCAGUGCUGCCAGGGACCAGCUUUUCCUGCUGCUGUUUGAGCCGGGGGCGGCCGACUCCUGCUACGCCCUACUGCUCAACACCAAACACUCAGACCGCCUCCGAGAGCUCGUCUUCAAGGUGAGGGACCUCAUCUCACACACACGCAAUACAUGGGUAUUCAAGGGUCUUGUGGUUUUGAGCGAUGGGGCUUCAGAAUUUGUCUGUGUUGGACAUGGAGAAUUUAAUGGCCUGGAAAUUUUCAAAAAAUACAUUAUUUCACUUUGAAGCUGUGGAGUAGGUUCGGUUGUGCAGAUCAGUGAAUACUUUCACUAGGCACUAUAUAAAUAUGCCAUUUAGCAGACGCUUUUAUCCAAAGCGACUUACAGUCAUGCGUGCAUACAUUUUUGUGUAUGGGUGGUCCCGGGGAUCGAACCACUACCUUGGCGUUACAAGCGCCGUGCUCUACCAGCUGAGCUACAGAGGACCCUUCUCUUUCGGACAUUGAAUGCUGCUAAUGUAACUUCAUUUAAUUGUCUUUGCCGUGUGUGUGUGUGUCCAGAUGUUUGACCGCAUGCUGCACUGCGACCGUGUCUAUGAGAAGAACAAGCAGAGGCUGAAGCUGAGGGAGGUGGGAUACUCCGGUCUCACCCUACUCUUCUCUGACCUCCACGUCACCCCCUCCCUCGUCAAGAGCCUGCUCAACCAGGUGCUCCACACAGGUGUGUUACGGUAUCCCUCACACCCUGUCAGUGUCUACCAUACCAUUAUUCAAAUAGGUUUCUGGGGACUAGAUCAAUCGAUGGUUGGAGACGGCUCCUUCAACAGCCAAUCCUCAACGUCAUUUUUCAAUUCAAUUCCAUUCAAUAAAUAGUUAUUGUGUCCAAAGGGCAAUUCGUUUGCAACAUAACAAAUACAUACAAAAGGCUUAGGACUCCAUGCAACAACAAAAAAAGACUAUACAAAUGUGUUUGGUGAUUUUUCUAUCUACAGUAACGCAGGUGAAGUGGUUAUUAAUUUAAUUGACCAAUAAAAACGAAUUAGACCUUUGAAGAUGUGGUGUUCAGCCCUUGCGUAGUUUCAAUUGGCCGGCUCCUGGCUCGACCCCCGUCACUCCAUGGGAGUGUGACUUAGUGAAGCGUUUAGGACAAAUUGAUUGGCUUGGGGCUCGGGGAUGAGGCUGAAGUUGGAGGGAGUGCAGACUGCAGAGAACAGCUCCUCUCCAUAAAAUAAAUGAAUGAAUGGCUGGAGAGAGAGUCAGGUCCGUUCAGGUCAGAGAAGGAAAUCAAUAUGUUUCUAUUAUUUCUCCAGUGUGCUUCAGGUUAAUGUUUUACCCAUUCAGUUAUAUGGACAGAUAAAUCAGGGUUAUGUUCAGUUGGGUGGAAAUGUUUUGAAACAGAGUGAAACAGUGAGGUACUUCCUGAACACACAUUCCUGCCUUCCAUUGCAAAAUGUUUUAGACGGUGUGCCCUGCUGAACAUGACCCAGUACUAUGGCAUGGCCCAACUUGUCACAGAGAUGCAUUCGAUGUGUUUUUCUACUAAAUUAUAUGGGUAUGGCUCAUCAUGUUGACCUUUGACCCCCCACCCCCCUAGAUCAUGUGGUGAGCUACAAGGACCUGAUGUCCCUGGUUCAGCUGACUCACCGGGCCGGGCCCAGCGUACGCCUGCUCGUGUGCAAUAGGGUGAGGGAACACACACACACACACACACACACACACACAGAGAGAGAGAGGAAACACACUAACUGAUUAAUAAGACACACAUACAGGUAUAAGCCUGUCCUCAGGGUAGAAACAGACAUCCUCCUACAUACCAGAUUUUUGAUAUCCAUAAUAAUUCAUUCACAACAUCAACCAUGCAUGAAAUCUUUGAAAUUAUGGUAUUAUACAACGUCUUACAUUUUAGUCAUUUAGCAGACGCUCUUAUCCAGAGCGACUUAGUUAGUGAGUGCAUACAGUUAGUGAGUGCAUACAAGCGAAGCUUGUUCUAAAAUACUGUAUGUGGCUUUGAUCUUCCUAAAGCUCUAUUCUCUCCCUCUAUACAUCCUCCUCUCUCUCCUCCUCCUCCCUCUCCUCCUCCUCCCUCUCUCUCUCUCCUCCUCCUCCCUCGCUCUCUCCCUCCUCCCUGUCUCUCCUUCCCUCCUCCCUCUCCCUCCCGCUUUCUCUCUCCUUCCUCCCCUCUCUCUCUCAUCCUCCUCCCUCUCCUUCCCUCCUCCCUGUCUCUCCUUCCCUCCUCAUCCUCCUCCCUCCCUCUCUCCUUCCCUCCUCCCUCUCUCCUUCCCUCCUCCCUCUCUCUCCUUCCCUCCUCCCCCUCCUCUCCCUCCUCCUCCCUUCCUCCCCUCUCCUCCUUCCCGCUCUCUCUUCCCUCGCUCCACUCCUCCUCCCUCCCUCUCUCCUUCCCUCCUCCCUCUCUCCUCCUCCUCCUCCCGUCUCCUCUUCCCCUCCUCCCUCCUUCCCCUCCUCCCUCUCCUCCUCCCUCUCUCCUCCCUCCUCUCCUCUCUCCUCCCUCUCCUCCUCUCUCUCUCCCUCCUCCCCUCUCUCCUUCCUCUCCUCCUCCCUCCUUCGCCUCCUCCGUCUCUCUCCUCCUCCUCCUCCCUUCUCUCCUCUCCUCCUCUCUCCUCCUCCUCUUCCGUCCCUCCUCCCCCUUCCCCCUCCUCUGCUCUCUCUCCCCUCCUUCCUCCUCCUCCUCCCUCUCCUCCCUCCCCCUCCCUCUCUCCUCCCUCCUCCUCCCUCCCCCUCAAAAAAAACGAAAAAAAAAAGAUCUACAGUUCCCGUCCUCCCUCUCCUCCUUCCGUCUCAGCCUCUCCCUCCUCCUCCUCAUCUCUCUCCUCCUCCCCUCUCCUCUCCUCUUCCUCUCUCCUCCUCCCUCCUUCCUUCCUCCUCCCCCCGUCUCCUUGCCCUCUACCUCUCUCUCUCCCUCUCUCCUCCAUCUCUCUCUUCCUCUCUUCUUCCCUCCCUGCAUCCCUCCUUUUUUCUCCAUCCCCCCCAAAAACAUAUUGAAUCGAUGAUGAUGUAAAUAAAUUGAAACAUAAAGUAGGCGUAAUACUAAUAAUACUAAUUGAAUAGUAACCAGUAACAGGUCAGUAAUGUUGAAUGAGCAUAAUGAAUACACCGGUAUUCACUGCUCUCUCUCCCUCCUCCCUCCAAUAAUGAAUACACCGGUAGCAAUAUCACUGCUCUCUCUCCCUCCUCCCUCCAAUAAUGAAUACACAGGUAAUAAUAUCACUGCUCUCUCUCCCUCCAAUAAUGAAUACACGGUAAUUCCUGCUCUCUCUCCCUCCUCCCUCCAAUAAUGAAUACCACAGGUAAUAUAUCACUGCUCUCUCUCCCUCCUCCCCUCCAAUAAUGAAUAAACACCGGUAAUAUCAACUGCUCUCUCUCCUCCUCCCUCCAAUAAUGAAUACACCGGUUAGCAAUAUCACUGCUCUCUCUCCCUCCUCCCUCCAAUAUGAAUACACAGUAAUAAUAUCACUGCUCUCUCUCCCUCCUCCUCCAAUAAUGAAAUAACACAGGUAAUAAUAUCACUGCUCUCUCUCCCAUCCAUCCCUCCAAUAAUGAAUACCAAGGUAAUAAUAUCACUGCUAUCUCUCCCCUCCUCCCUCCAAUAAUGAAUACACAGGUAAUAAUGAUCACUGCUCUCUCUCUCCCCCUCCCUCCAAUAAUGACAUACACAGGUAAUAAUAUCACUGCUCUCUUCCCUCCUCCCUCCAAUAAUGAAUACAACAGGUAAUAAUCCUGCUCUCUCUCCCUCCUCCCUCCAAUAAUGAAUACCACAGGUAAAAUAUCACUGCUCUCUCUCCCUCCUCCCUCCAAUAAUGAAUACACAGGUAAUAAUAUCACUGCUCUCUCUCCCUCCUCCCUCCAAUAAUGAAUACACAGGUAAUAAUAUCACUGCUCUCUCUCCCUCCUCCCUCCAAUAAUGAAUACACAGUAAUAAUAUCACUGCUCUCUCUCCCUCCUCCCUCCAAUAAUGAAUAACACGGUAAUAUACACUGCUCUCUCUCCCUCCUCCCUCCAAUAAUGAAUACACAGGUAAUAAUAUCACUGCUCUCUCUCCCUCCUCCCUCCAAUAAUGAAUACACAGGUAAUAAUAUCACUGCUCUCUCUCCCUCCUCCCUCCAAUAAUGAAUACACAGGUAAUAAUAUCACUGCUCUCUCUCCCUCCUCCCUCCAAUAAUGAAUACACCAGGUAUAAUAUCACUGCUCUCUCUCCCUCCUCCCUCCAAUAAUGAAUACACAGGUAAUAAUAUCACUGCUCUCUGUCCCUCUAGCUGUACCAGCUCCUCCAGUCCCAGCAGGAUGCGGCGCGGGAGAUCUCCAGGCAGCUGUGCUGGCAGGAGACCCUGAUGAGGCUGUUCCUGCGCUCCCCCUGCGAGGGCGGCACGGGGCGGGGCGACGACGCCAGCACCUGCAGCCUGGACCUCAACCUCAGCCGGGGCAGUGGCAGUCGCCUAGAACUACCCCUGGAGAGGAGGGGCCGAGCAGGCAGCGGCGGAAGACUGGUGGAUGAAGACCGCCUCAGCAUCAGCUCCAGAAGAUCAGUGGAUAGUCUUGAAAACGGGGAUCUACUCUCACUUCUGGACACGCCCGUUAGUCAGAUUGGGGAGGGCCAGUUGCUCAAGCCCUGGGCCUCUGGGGUUUCUGGGGGAUGGAAAGCAGGGGGGUUGAGUUUGGAUCUGUCCCACGUGAGUGCCUACGAGGGCGGGGAGAGCGGCAACCAGACGCCGGGGAGCAUGGCCAGCACGCCAUCGCCGCUGGACACGUCGGCCAAGGCCUUCCCAGACGCCUCAUCGGCGUCCCUCACCGAGGACCGCUUCCUGUUCAGCGAUAACAUGUCGCUGGGGGAGUCGUUCAGCUGCAUCGAGGUGAGACGCCGGCCGGCUGCAUCUCAAUAGUAUAUAGUGGCUUCCUCUCCUCCUCAGUCUAGCUAGCCAGUCACAAUGGGUCCAUCUCAAUAGUCUGAAGUGGUUUCCUCUAGGUAGGUGGUUUCCUGAAGACCCUAGGAACAGUUUGGCCAGUCACAGAGGGUCCAUCUCAAUCGUCUGAAGUGGUUUCCUCUAGGUAGGUGGAAGCUAAUUCCUGGUAGGGAUCCAGAUCCACCCUAUUGGUUUCACCUGUAACCUUUUUUUCCAUUAGUGAAGAGUAAAGGAGUGGAGGAGAGGAAGCCAAUUAAGACUAUUGACAUACACCCACUGUGGUGCCAGAGUGUUCUUAUGGCCCUCAGGUCCUCUGAACCCCCAGCAGACUUUGAAUGAAAUGUCGAUAUAAAAUGUCACAGCCCCAUUAGGCCUCAUCUAUAGAUGGGGAGAAUCUCAAUUGCGUUUCCUUGACUCCUUGCAUCCUCUCUCCUCGUCUCCUUCUCAAAACCCAUUGGAUGAGAAAGUCAGAGGUCCCUCUGUUUUGGAUGGGUUUUGAGAAGGAGGCGAGGAGAGAGGACGCGAGGAGUCAAGGAAAUGCAAUUGAGAUUCUCCCAUGGACUGACGUCAGUAGGGCCAGACAUGGGGGGGUCAAACCACACCAUGGAGGCCUCUGUGUUUCUCUCUAUCUGUACCUGGAUGUGACUCUCACUGACUCCCUCCUCUCUGUCUCCCCCUAGCGGACGGAGGAGGAGCUGUCUCGCAUGCUGCUGGAGAUCGUGCUGUGCGUGAUGUGGCGCGGCGUGGAGGGCUCGGACGAUGCUGCCUGGCUGGAGCGGGGGCAGGUGUUCUCAGCCCUCACCAAGCUGGGCACUACCAACGAGCUGCUGCUGCCUGUUGACCACAUCAAGCUCAGGUGGACACAGUGGCAUUUCUUGGAUUGCCUGCAUGGUGACAUGACUGUAGUAAGGAGUGGGAACCAGCCUGCAUGGUGACAUGACUGUAGUAAGGAGUGGGAACCAGCCUGCAUGGUGACAUGACUGUAGUAAGGAGUGGGAACCAGCCUGCAUGGUGACAUGACUGUAGUUGAUCAAUGUGCAAUAUGUUUAGUGUUCUUUCGCGUCAGUCUUGAAGAGGUGGUUUGGUUCUCGGGUCCUCAUUCACAUUUUGUUUGACAUGUCUUUCUCUCUCUCUCUCUCUCUCUCUCUCUCUCUCUCUCUCUCUCUCUCUCUCUCUCUCUCUCUCUCUCUCUCUCUCUCUCCUCUCUCUGUCUCUCUCUCUCUUCUCCUUCUUCUUUCUAUCCUCCCUCAUUCUACUUUCCUCCCCUUUCCCUCCCUCCAUCCCCCUCUCCUCCCCUCCCUCUUCCCCCGUCACCCCAGUCUGAUGGAGAGGAUGCUGGAGUGGGCCGUGACUGACAACCGGGAGGCCACGGCAGCCAUGUUGCCCCAGCACACAGAGAACGCCGUGCGGCUGCUCCACGUGGUGCAGGACUUCCUGCAGGCCGAGGGCCUGGUCAACCCCACCCUGUGGACAGAGAAGGUUAUUAGUGGUAGUAGCAGGAUCAUUUUAAACCUAUUUAAUUGAAUAACACCAUCCAGGUAUUUAAUUGAAAUGUACUUUAGGUGCUGGAGGAGACGGUGACUCUGAUGGACAGUCUAAUGGUGUGGUACUCAUCAGGGACCCAGUGGCUGCAGCUGUCCCAGGUGGGCCUGAGGCUUCUGCUGGGCUUUAUGGCCCAGGAAGACCCCCAGGUGAGAAGCUGUCCAGUGUCGCAUACCUCAACUUCAUAAUAAUUAUAAUCUAUGCGAUUUAGCAGACGCUUUUUAUCCAAAGCGACUUAGUCACGCUUGCACACGUAAACUUUCACUCUCUAAACCAGUUGUACUCAAACCUUUUCAGUUUAGGCCCCCUUGAGGGUCACCUGCCUCACCCCAAUUCUCAUUUAAGGCACCAUAUCGCCAGCUGUCCCAUGGUAAUGAACGUGUCGGGAGUCGGGACGAGACAGACAGGCAGGCAGCGUUUCUCAGCCAGUUGAAAUCAUGAAUCAGCUGGUGUCAUUUUUAUGGAUUUAUACAAAGAAAUUAAGAAAAGGUCAAACGAAACGAAGUGCAGCUAGUUUGCAGUCUUUCCAGCUUCAGUUUGAAGUGAUUGUGUUAGCUGUGUUGUUGGCUAGCUCCUCUGAACAACACUGUCCUGACGAGAGAGCACAUUUUCUAUGCCAGGCGAAAUCGCGCCUCAUUAGCUCAUUGUUAUGGAUGUAUCCAAAUAAAUGUCACUAGAAAACAGCUUGUGCAAAUGAACUGUUGUUAUUCUGGCUGCACUGUUUGACGUGACUGUAAAUUAGCUGUAGUUGGUUAGCUAGCCAGCAAGGGAUAAGAACGUUGCCAGCCAGUAUGGCAAUAGAACAAAAAGACCGAACGACCAGCCAGUUUGGGUAGCAACCCUAGAUUUGUGUCGGGACUAAAUCUUGCGGAAGGAUGAAAUACUGUGAUUAAAUUAAUCAAAAGAAAGUUUUUAAUGAAAAUAUGUCCAUUAUUUGAAUAUGUUGGUAAACCCGUUGUAUAAAAGUGAUAAUGCCCUCGAAGCCGGUGUUUGGAGGAUAUAUUGGCACAGUUUGCUGGACCUCGACUUUGUCUCUGGCCUAACAACACCAGUGCCAAUAUAUCCUCCAAACACCGGCUUCUCAGGCAUUAUCACUUCAAAGAACCAUCAGGUGUCCUGUCAUCUUAUUCAGAAUGCUUGUCUUCCUUUUUACCAGGUGUGUGCCUUGGCCACAGCCAAGCUGAACGGCAUCCUGCAGACCAAGAGUGUGGAGACUCAGGACGAGGCGUGUUACCUGCUGGGCAAGGUGGAGGGCAUCCUGAGACGCUCUGUAGGGGGGCAGACAGAGGAGACCUAUAUGUGCCUGGUGCCCCUGCUCCGCACGCUGCUCUCCAAGGUGCGUACACACACACACACACACACACGAAGACAUGCAUGAUGAACAAUCACAAUGAAGUAGGUGAAUCCGUAUCAAACAUUCCAAAGAGGCUUGCUGACUGUUUUCUUAAAUAACGGUAAAUACACCUUGGCACAUAGACAAAACACACCAAGGGUCGGUGUCUAGGACAGAGAGUUACACUAGUCCUGGACUUAAGAGCUAUUUCAAUGAACAAAAACAAAAUGCUUUCGGCCUGUAAUAUGUCAAUACCUCACAACACUUUGUAUUAUUAGAAUGUCUUGUAAUAUCUGGUGGGGACUGCAGGUGAACAAGCUGCUGUACAUGGAGCUGCACCUGCCCCAGCUGCCUGACACCAACGGCAGCCCCUCCUUCUUCGAGGACUUCCAGCUCUACUGCAACUCCCCCGAGUGGAGGGUCUACCUCGACAAAUACGUGAGGGACUUGCCCAAUGCCUUACUAAGUCAUCGCUAAUCAUUGCAUUCAACUCUUGAAGAGCAGAAAGAAAUGUGUUGAGAAAUUGAAGAUCAACCUUAAAGAUGAGAAAAAAACGAGAUCAUUUCUGAGAAAUCUGUCAAAACCUCCAGUGCCGAAGGGAGCGAGUUUGAGAUGAAGAAAUAAUGACUUUUGAUUCCCCCAUUUAAUUGGUUCUCUCUGUCCUCAGAUCAUCCCCUAUAUGAAGCAGUAUGAGAUUGAGACGUUUAGCCAGGGUCACGAGACCAUGGCUCUGUUCUGGAAGGAGUGCUACGAAAGCUUCAUGGUCAACCUGCACAAGAGAGAGAGGGAGCGGGGGGAGAGCAAGAUACGCUUCCAGGUGACACACACACACACACACACAGAUACACACACACACACACAGAUACACACAGACAGACAGAUACAGACAGACACACAGACACACAGACACAGACAGACACAUAGACCGACAGACAGAAACACACACACACACAGACAGACAGACAGACAGACAGAAACACACACAGACACACACAAACACACACAGGAGUAAGAUCCACUUUCUAGUGAGCUACGUAUAAUAAUGCUGUAACAUGGAAAUGUAACGUCAGGCCUCAGUAACACAAAGCAUAUUGCCUUGUGGUGUGCUACACACCCGAACACUGACUCCCCUUUCCUUACCCCGCCGUCCCUCAGGAGCAGUUUGUGGAGCCCUUCUCUCGGCGCGGGAGGCAGGAGAACCUGCGCUACAACAGCAUGCUGAAGCAGCUUCACAGCCAACACAGCGCCGCCCUCAGGCAGUGGAGAGCAGCGCGGCGUGGCCUGGUGUGCGAGCGAGGGCCCUGGGCAGACAGGUAACGGCCAGACACGUGAUAUUUAGUAUAAUGUAUACACUAUUAUAUAGAAUAAAUGUUUAUGUAAUAUGUCUAAUAAUAAUCUAAUAUAUAUGUUUAUGUAUAUGUAAUUACUUCAGCACCACGGCAAACACAUGAUCAGCCAAAGAACUGUUGUCCACUGUCCUCUAGUCAAUCAAUCCAUUCAAUCAAUCAAUCAAUCCAGUUUAUUUUAUAAAGCCCUUUUUUUACAUCAGCAUUUGCAACAAACUGCUUUACAGAUACCCAGUCUAAAAUCCCAAAGAGCAAGCAAUGCAGAGGCAGAAGCAUGGUAGCUUGGAAAAACUCCCUAGAAGACAAACUCCCCAGAAUAUUUUCUGGGUAUCUCUCUUAUGUUCAGUUUGUUCUUCAGUUCAUGAAACUUGGUUGAAGUUCUCCUGUCUGUUGUUUUCUCAGGCAGCAGAGUGAGAUGCACUGGCGAGUGUCCAGCGCAGAGAACUACUCCCGCAUGAGACUCAAACUGGUGCGCAGCUACAACUAUGACGACCACCGCCAGGCCAGCGCUCUCAGGGACAACCUGGGUAAGAGAGGCAGCUUCUCUGGUUCCCCUAACAAGGCAUCGCUGGAAUCUGAAUAAACCACCAUGUUGCUGCAGACACUGACCCUUCUCGCCUUCCUCCUCCUCUUCUUCAUCUUCUUCAUCCUCCCCCUCCUCCUCUUCCUCUUCUUCAUCCUCCUCUAACUCUUCCUCCUCCUCUAACUCUUCCUCUUCUUCUUCCUCCUCUAACUCUUCCUCCGCCUCUUGUUCCUCCUCUUCUUCCUCCUCCUCUAUCUCUUCCUCUUCUUCCUCCUCCUCUUGUUCCUCCUCUGCUUCCCCCUCCUCUAACUCUUCUUCUUCCUCCUCUUCCUCCUCCUCUCCCUCGUCCCCCAGGUGUCCAGCAGCAGAGGAUGACAGCUGAGUCCUUACUGCUGGAGGCAGUCAAGCAGGUGAAGGUCAGCGACCUGGAGGAUGACAUCCUGGAGCUGCCUGAAGACGACCCUGCAGCGACCAACAACACGUCAGUACACUCUCAACAUUGGCUAGAAUUGUUCUGUAUUGUGUUUUGUGUCUGCUGUAGACUGUUGGGUGGCUUUGACUGCAAACGUGAAUGGACAUGUUCACCUGUCUGUCUGUUUCUCUCUCUCUCUCUCCAGGGGUGAGGUGGAGGAGGCAGGCCAGAAGGAGAAGCUGGUUCUGUGGGAGGACUGUGAGCUGGUCACCCAGGUGGAUGUCAGCCCUGGACGUCUGGAGCUCACCACCCAACACAUCUACUUCUAUGACAGCAGCACCGAGAAGGAGGAGGGUGAGGAGGGAAGAGGGAGAGGAAGAUAGGAGGGACGUGGGGGUUAGAGGAAGAGUUGUCCAGAAGGAGGAGGGUGAGGAGGGGAGAGGGAGAGGAAGAUUGGAGGGACGUGGGGGUUAGAGGAAGAGUUGUCCAGAAGGAGGAGGGUGAGGAGGGAAGAGGGAGAGGAAGAUUGGAGGGACGUGGGGGUUAGAGGAAGAGUUGUCCAGAAGGAGGAGGGUGAGGAGGGAAGAGGGAGAGGAAGAUUGGAGGGACGUGGGGGUUAGAGGAAGAUUGUCCAGAGAGGAGGAUGAGGAGGGAAGAGGGAGAGGAAGAUAGGAGGGACGUGGGGGUUAGAGGAAGAGUUGUCCAGAAGGAGGAGGGUGAGGAGGGGAGAGGGAGAGGAAGAUAGGAGGGACGUGGGGGUUAGAGGAAGAGUUGUCAUUAGUAAGAAAGAGAGUGAAAGGAAGGCUGCAGAUGGGUGAGCGAGUGGAGCAGGAGUUGAUAAACCAGAGGUUAUAGAUGGGUUAUGACCAGGCAUGUACAAUAGAUACAUACUACACUGUUAAAUGCUCUCAUUGUGUUGUCUUAGACAUAGAAGUGCAGCUGCUCCCACAUGCAAUACACCUCACAUAUUAAUACAUCAUGUAAUGUAGGGUUAUGAUUAGGGCCUGGAGUUUUCCUAUGGUCAGGUCCCUAGUUAGGUCAAACUCCUGGCCCUAUGUAUAAUACAUAACCAACCCCCUUUGUCCUUCUCUGUCCUCCUGUCCCCCCGCCCGCCCAUCCGUCUCUGUCCCCGUCCGUCUGUCCCCCCUCCCGUCUCUGUCUCCUCCUGUCCAUCAAUCUGUCCCCCCUCCACUCCUGUCCCUCUGUCCGUCCCUCUGUCUGUCCUUCCAGGUGUUGGUCAGGACUUUAAGUGGCCUCUAUCUCAGAUCCGGGAGAUCCACCUGCGCAGGUACAACCUCCGCCGCUCUGCCCUGGAGAUCUUCCUCAUAGACCAGACCAACUACUUCCUCAACUUUAAGAAAGAGGUAAGGCCUGUUCUGGGAUCUGUUUUUUAUAUGGAUUGAGAACGGUGUACCCCCAUCCAUUUCACUACUUGCUCUAUUCCAGAACUAGCAGAUUCAAGUCAUCAAGGGCUAGUCCUGGAAUAGCUAAAAUCAGUAGAUGGGGGGUGUUUGAGGAGAGGUUUGGGAAACAGUUAUGUAGAAGAAAUGACUAAAUAGGCCUGGAGUACUGGGGUGUGUUGAGUACGGUGAAACGUUAAGAGCGUUGCAAAUGGAAAUGGGACAAAUAGAACCUGUACUACUCCCUAUUCUACAUGACAGACAAUCAUAUCUGUUCUACAUAAUAUAUUUCGAUCUGACCAUUCUGAAAGGUUUCGCACUUUUGAACAGAACCCUCAUGUUGGAAUCUUCCGUGUGGUUUGAUUGACAGGUGCGGAACAAGGUGUACAGCAGGAUGCUGCUGCUGCGCUCCCUCAGCCUGUACGGUACACGCUCACCGCAGGAGCUGCUCAAGGCCUCCGGACUCACACAGGUCAGGGGUCAAAAGUUCACCUGGGAGAUCAGGGUCGUGUUCUGUAGAGAGAAAGUGGUUUGAAACGGAGUGAAACAGGGUGAUACUCCCUGAACUGGUCUAAUGAGAACAUUAUUAUUAUUAAUUUUUUUGCAGAACAUUUUGUUACGUUGUACCCUACUGAGCAUGACCCAUGUUAAGUAGUCAAGUGUUGACAGGUUUUGUUAAACCCCUCUCUCUCUUGUCUUUGGUAGAAAUGGGUGAACCGAGAGAUGACCAACUUUGACUACCUGAUCCAGCUGAACACCAUCGCGGGCCGAACCUAUAACGACCUGUCUCAGUACCCAGUGGUACGUUCCGUUAACACGGACCCUAUGGGGGAAGAUGUGGAAUAUACCAUCUUGGUGAUCUGUUAAGGGGUGUUGAUAAUUUAGUUUAAUUGUGUGUGUGUGUAUCCAGUUUCCCUGGAUCCUGUCGGACUACACAUCAGAGGAGCUGGACCUGACAGACCCACGGGUGUUCCGGGACCUGUCCAAGCCAGUGGCCGUACUCAAUGAGCGGAACGCCAAGGCUGUCCGGGAGAAGUACGUUCUCUCAAAACGUCUCUCACUGAGCCACUGCUGCUUCUACAUACCUGCAUUACGUGACAUGUUCCAGGGUGGCAGUGUGUUCAUUACUUCUCUUCACUGCACAAGUGUCCUCGUCCAUAGAAUUAGACUUACUACAAUAGAGCACUUUAUUACCGUUGAGGAAAUGUCUCUUUUGAGGGCGAUAAUUGUAUUCUAUUCUAGUAAAUAUAGUAAGUAAUUGUAAUGUUAAGUCCACGUCUCCCUGUCUGUAGGUAUGAGAGUUUUGAGGACCCCACGGGGACCAUCGACCGGUUCCACUAUGGUACCCACUACUCCAACGCAGCAGGAGUCAUGCACUAUCUCAUCCGCGUGGAACCCUUCACGUCCCUCCACAUCGCAUUACAGAGUGGACGGUAAGCAAUGGGUUUUGGUAAAGGGGUAAUCAGACUAGAAAACUCAGGCCAGAAGUUAACAGCAUUAAAGUCCUGAGGGUUAUCAGGGCUGGGGUUGUACCAGUCAAAUUGCUGUGGUCUGAGCAGCUUUGUCCGUUCUAGUCAUUCUAGUUCUGUGAUUACACAUGUAUUCCAACUGACAAUCAAAUGUAUCUAUGCUCUUGUCUGGAGAGGUGCUAUUGUACUGAUGUCAGUCAGGCCAGAAGUCUUUCCCUCACCGAGCUCUAGCCUUACUAGAUCCACAGUUUGUCUUGGUCAGGUCACAUGGUCAGCAAAACCAUCCUGUCUUUAGUACUAUGGCAUAAUUGAAGACCAUUGGCUGUUGGUGUUCCUCCCUCGGUCCAGGUUUGACUGUGCGGACCGUCAGUUCCACUCCAUCCCAGCUUUGUGGCAGACCCUCAUGGACAACCCCAACGACGUCAAGGAGCUCAUCCCAGAGUUCUUCUACUUCCCAGAGUUCCUGGAGAAUCAGAACGGUGAGAUGAGUUCUGUGUCUGUAGAGAAUCACAGACACACUGGCUAUGUUGAUUGACUGUCCAUACUAGCACGCCACAUGCUGUGGUGUUCACACAGUCCAUCAGAGAACAUCUGGAUUCAUCUCUACUGGACCGGUUCAGAUUUUGUCAGUUGCGUUCAGAUUGUUGAACACUGGAACCUGUUCCAAUCGGACGAAAUCUAAAACUGACCCAAUUACACCAUGAAUCGUAAAAACUGAGAAUCUCAUUUUAAAACUGGAUUUUGUCCAUUUUAUUUUUAUCAAGUCACACUGCCAGACUGAUGGAAUCCACCUUCCCUCCACUGUCCUCUGUUCAUCUCCUCCUCUCUCAUUCCCUCUAGCCUUUGAUCUGGGGCGCCUGCAGAUCUCCAAGGAGAGGGUGAAUGACGUCAUCCUGCCUAAAUGGGCCAAGUCUCCAGAGGACUUCAUUUAUAAGCACAGGAAAGCCCUGGUGAGCCUCCUUUUCUCAUGGACAGUCACCAUUACCAUACUGCUUUAAACCCAAGGGGGAAAAACCUCUCUUAACUCAAUAGGAUCACCCACAUUCCUUUACAAUGAGGUGCAGGAGAAAUGCAUUCCACAGAGUAGUAUUUAGUGAUUAGUUGGUGUGGGUGGUAUAUGUGUGUGUCUUUCUGUGUUUGUGUUUUAUUGCUCAUGUGUGUUGUGUAACAGGAGUCGGAGUACGUGUCGGCCCACCUGCAAGACUGGAUCGAUCUGAUCUUCGGUUACAAACAGCGAGGCCCCGCGGCCGUGGAGGCACUCAAUGUCUUCUACUACUGCACCUACGAAGGUACGGACGCUAUCACUACACCCAUAGACUCCCACUCAUACAAUAGCACUGAUGCUAAAGAAACGCUGCACCUACGAAUGUACAGACGCUAACACUAAACCCAUAGACUCCCACUCAUACAAUAGCACUGAUGCUAAAGAAACGCUGCACCUACGAAGGUACAGACGCUAACACUAAACCCAUAGACUCCCACUCAUACAAUAGCACUGGUGCUAAAGAAACGCUGCACCUACGAAGGUACAGACGCUAACACUAAACCCAUAGACUCCCACUCAUACAAUAGCACUGAUGCUAAAGAAACGCUGCACCUACGAAGGUACAGACGCUAACACUAAACCCAUAGACUCCCACUCAUACAAUAGCACUGAUGCUAAAGAAACGCUGCACCUACGAAGGUACAGACGCUAACACUAAACCCAUAUACUCCCACUCAUACAAUAGCACUGAUGCUAAAGAAACGCUGCACCUACGAAGGUACAGACGCUAACACUAAACCCAUAGACUCCCACUCAUACAAUAGCACUGAUGCUAAAGAAACGCUGCACCUACGAAGGUACGGACGCUAACACUAAACCCAUAGACUCUCAUUGAUACAAUAGCACUGAUGCUAAAGAAACGCUAGACCUACAGUAUAUUACUAUAUUAUGGCACUUUACUAAAGCGUUUGUCUCUGGUUUUGCUGUAGGGGCAGUGGACCUGGAUGCCAUCACUGAUGAGAAGGAACGUAAAGCUGUAGAGGGGAUGAUCAGUAACUUUGGACAGACUCCCUGCCAGCUGCUCAAGGUACUGGAAAACACAGUCUUGACCUGACCAGGAAAAACCUCCAGGCCUUCCUCAUGAGAUGAGCCCUUUGGAACACUAAUUGAUGAACCGGUUAAUUAGGAAUCAUUGGGAAUGAGGUUUUAACGGGUUGUUUAGAACAGUGAUUCUCAUCUCCGGUCUUUGAGUACCUUCAACAGUACUCAUUAUUGUAACCCCAGACAAACACCUUAUUAAACUAGUCAAUAGCUUGAUGAUUAGUUUGGCCAGGGCUACAACAAAAAUGAGUGCUAGUGGGGGUACUCAGGGAUCUUAACUGAGAAACACUGGUUUAGAAUAGGUGUUUUAGAUGUAGGUCUAUAAGUCAAAUCAAAUGUUAUUUGUCAUAUACACGUGUUUAGCAGAUGUUAUUGCGGGUGUAGCGAAAUGCUUGUGCUUCUAGCUCCGACAGUGCAGUAAUAUCUAACAAGUAAUAUCUAACAAUUUCACAACAUAUACCCAAUACACACAAAUCUAAGUAAGGAAUGGAAUUAAGAAUAUAUAAAUAUAUGGACAAGCAAUGACAGAGCGGCAUGGACUAAGAUACAGUAGAAUAUUAUAGAAUACAGGAUAUACAUAUGAGAUGAGUAAUGCAAGAUAUAUAAACAUUAUUAAGUGACUAAGAUACAGUAGAAUAGUAUAGAAUACAGUAUAUACAUAUGAGAUGAGUAAUGCAAGAUAUGUAAACAUUAUUAAAGUGACAAGUGUUCCAUUUCUUAAAGUGGCCAGUGAUUUCUAUAGUGAUGGAUUGUCUGUGUGUAUAGGAGCCACACCCUGUACGUCUGUCUCUGGAGGAGGUGGAGAAGAGGAAAGUUCGACUAGACGCCUCGCCCCUCAGCAUCUUCGAGCACCUUACCGAACUCAAGUCCUUCUUUGUCGAGGUUCGAUUUUACACACACACACAAAGCAUAUGAUCAUGACCCUCUUUGUUGGUUAUUGUAAAGCAAUUUAUAAAAACUGUUUAUAAAAAAAAAAAUGACUUCAUAUAUAAAUGUGAUUGAUUUUGUAGGGGAUUAGUGACGACAUGCCUCUGGUGAAAGCCGUGGUCCCCAAGAACCAGUCCCACUCCUUCAUCACCCAGGGCAGCCCAGACACUAUGGUGACCCUGAGUCAGAACUGUCUGAUGGGGACACACGGCUGGCUGCCUUACGACAAGAACAUCUCCAACUACUUUACCUUCAUCAAGGACCCCACCGUGGCCAACCCCAAGUGAGUCCCUCCCCAGUACCUCCCCCUUUCUACUUGAAACUGUGGUGCAUUGUGGUCUGACUGGGAGACUGGAGCCCUGGUCGACUUCUUAUAAAACAUGUCCUUCCUACCUCAAUUCCUUGAAGUAAUCACUAAUCUGAAAAAGUUUGAUUUGUGACAGCAGUAUGAAGGAUACUCUGCCAUGGCGUAUCCAAGCACAUACAGAUCUGUGAUUACCUCAAGAAUGGGACGAAGGAAUAAUGCACUUUAAAUGUUUUGGAACAUAGCCUUGGAAGGCACUUGAGGCCAAUACUUGGUCAUAAAGUUAUUCUGUGAGUUAUGUAUCCAUUACAGAAUCUGAUGUCUCCUCUUCUCUCUGCUCCUCCCCCUCUCUCUAGGGCCCAGCGGGUCCUGGGCGGGCCCUUCUCUCCGGGCGUGGAGGUGACGGCAGGUCUGUUUGUGGUGUCACAUGACGGGAAGCUCCUGUUCAGCGGUGGCCACUGGGACAACAGCCUGAGGGUCACCUCCCUGGUCAAAGGAAAGACUGUGGGACAGCACAUCAGACACAUGGGUAAGGACGGAUCUCACAAACACACGGACGUGCACACGCACAUACAUGCACUCAGACACACACACUGUCUGGACAUACAGUAUAGUAACUACUUGGUGUUACCUCGAAUCCAUCUCGAGAAAGAUAACGAGAUAGCCUCGCGAGAGCGUCGGAGAGCUCUAACGAGCCACUAAAAAACUAAAAUCUGUAGUAUCGAGAUCUCACUCUACUCCCUCUCUGCCCUCUCCUCUCCUAGCUCGCUCGCUCGAUCAUAUCUCCUCUCUCUCCCUCUCAUAUCGCUCUCUCUCUUCUACAUCUCCCUCUCUACUCUAUCUCUCUCUCUCUCUCUCUCUCUCUCUCUACUCUCUCUCUCUCUCGCUGCUACUCUCUCUCUCUCGCUACUCUGCUACUCGUCUCUCUCUCUCUCUCUCCCUCUCUUCUCUCUCUGCAGACAUAGUGACGUGCCUGUCGACAGACUACUGUGGGAUCCACUUGAUCUCCGGCUCCAGGGACACCACCUGUAUGGUGUGGCAGGUGCUGCAGCAGGUGAGACCAUGAAGCCUGGGGGUUUAUUGGAAUACACUACACUGACUAGAAAGCAUUUGUACUGCAUUGUUACUGUGGAAACGUUUGAUGUUAGUACCCUCUGUUCAGUAGGCAGGAGAGGUUGUGAAAGAGUGAAACAGAUUGAAACAAAUUCAGAUUUCCGUUUUCGGUUGCAAACCGUUUUGCUACAGUGUGCCCUACUGAACACUACCCAGGCAUAUGAGUGUGUGACUGAAUUUUUUGUGUGUCCUACAGGGAGGCUGUCCAGUGGGGCUGUGUCCCAAGCCAGUACAGGUGCUGUAUGGACACACUGACGAGGUGGUGAGCGUCAGCAUCAGCACAGAGCUGGACAUGGCUGUCUCUGGAUCACGGGUAAGAGGCUGGAUGGAUGGAUGAAGAGGUUGGAGGGCUGGAUGGAUGAUGGAUGAAGAGGUUGGAGGGUUGGAUGGAUGGAUGAAGAGGUUGGGUUGGUUGGAUGGAUGGAUGGAUGAAGAGGUUGGGUUGGUUGGAUGGAUGGAUGGAUGAAGAGGUUGGGUUGGUUGGAUGGAUGGAUGGAUGGAUGAAGAGGUUGGGUUGGUUGGAUGGAUGGAUGAAGAGGUUGGAGGGGUGGAUGGAUGGAUGAAGAGGUUGGAGAGGUGGAUGGAUGGAUGAAGAGGUUGGAGGGGUGGAUGGAUGGAUGAAGAGGUUGGAGGGGUGGAUGGAUGGAUGAAGAGGUUGGAGGGUUGGAUGGAUGGAUGGAUGAAGAGGUUGGAGGGUUGGAUGGAUGGAUGGAAGAAGAGGUUGGAGGGGUGGAUGGUUGGAGGAAGAGGUUAGAGGGGUGGACAAAUUGAUAAAGAGAAGUUUGAAGGGUUGGUGGAUAGAUGGAUCUUGCUUUGCUGAUUUUGUGUCUGUUUCUGUGCACUAGGACGGGACGGUGAUCAUCCACACGGUGCGUCGGGGCCAGUACAUGCGGUGUCUGCGGCCUCCCUGUGAGAGCUCCCUGCCUGUCUCCAUCCUGCACCUGGCUAUCUCUUAUGAGGGGUGUGUGGUGGUUCACACCUGUAUAGAGGGCAAGGCCACGCUCAAGGUUGUCUUACAACUCACACAUUGUCUUAAUCGUUUAUUUAGUUAAUUUGUCAUUGAAAAUGUCACGAUUGUCUUCUCUAAAAUCUUCAAAUGUGUUUUGGUGCAGGAGACACAUUUCCAUCUGGACUAAUGAUAAAGACCAUCUAUCUUAUCUAUCGUGUUUAUUAGGUGGUUGUGUAUUUAGUUACUUAGGCUGCGUUUAGACGGGCAGCCCAAUUCUGAUCUUUUAUUCACUCAUUGGUCUUUUGACCAAUUAGAUCAGCUCUGAGAAAGAUCUGAUGUGAUUGGUCAACGGACUAAUUAGUGGAAAAAAGAUCGGUAUUGGGCUGCCUGUGUGAACGCAGCCAUAGCGAGUUACGUAGUGAGUUACUUAGUUAGCUACUUAGUGAGUUACUUAGUUACUUAUUGAGUGAGUUACUUAGAGAAUGAGUUACUUUGAGAAUGAGUUACAUAUGGAGGUGGUUAGUUACUUAUCGAGGUGGUUAGUUAUCGAGUUGGUUAGUUACUUAUUGAGCUGGUUAGUUAGUGAGUUUUUUAAGUUCGAUACUUAUUGAGUUAGUUACUUAGAGAAUGAGUUACAAAUUGAGUUGGUUAGUUACAUAUCGAGUUGGUUAGUUACAUAUCCAGUUGGUUAGUUACAUAUCGAGUUGGUUAGUUACAGAUUGAGCUGGUUAGUUAGUUACUUAGGGAAUGAGUUAGUUACUUAGUGAGUGAGUUAGUGAGUUACUUAGAGAAUGAGUUGGUUAGUUACAUAUAGAGUUGGUUAGUUACUUAUUGAGCUAGUUAGUGAGUUAGAGAAUGAGUUAGUUACAUAUUGAGUUGGUUAGUUACUUAUUGAGUUGGUUAGUGAGUUACUUAGUGAGUUUGUUAGUGAGUUACUUAGUGAGUUACUUAGUGAGUUUGUUAGUGAGUUACUUAGUGAGUUUGUUAGUGAGUUACUUAGUGAGUUACUUAGUGAGUUUGUUAGUGAGUUACUUAGUGUGUUACUUAGUGAGUUUGUUACUUAGUGUUACUUAGAGAAUGAGUUAUUUGCUUAGUGACUGACCUUAGUAGUUUGUGAGUUCGGAUGUAUGACGUACUGCACCAUGAUGCUUAGCAAAACGCUAGUUAACCACUAGUUGUCCUAGAUGGUAUAUUAUGAUUAGGUCCUGGUGAAUGAUUGUCUAUGAUCCUGUCUCUGCAGGAUAAGAACGGCCUGCACCUGUACUCUGUCAAUGGGAAGCACCUGUGUACAGAGGGCCUGAAGGAGCAGGUGACAGACAUGUGUGUGUCCGGGGAUUACCUGGUUAUCGGCAGCGAGCAGGGCUUCCUCUCCAUACGAGACCUGUACAGGUAACCUUGUUUCCUGUGUUUGUCUGUCUGUGUGCACGACUGCACGCAUGCAUAUACAGGGUUUUUUCUGGAUGAAAAAGGGGCUUAGGUGGUGGGCGUGGCAAUGGGCCCGGCUGCACUGCUGAUUUUUAGAUACUUUUUUAAGCUAAUUACUUUAUAUCUGGUUUUAGUCGUUUAAGUUUACACUGAAAGCAGUUUUCCUAAAAACACACGUAGGCAGCCCUCCCGAGGAUCUUAGUGGUAGAAAAAUCCCUGAUAAAUGUAUCUGUCUAACUCAACCCUUCUCUCGGUCUUCCCUGUCUCUCCCCCGGGCAGCCUGUCCCUGUGCGCCGCCCCCAUGGCCAUGCGCGUGCCCGUGCGCUGCGUGUCCGUCACCAAGGAGCAGAGCCACGUGCUGGCGGGCCUGCAGGACGGCAAGCUGAUCAUUGUGGGCGUGGGCAAGCCGGCCGAGGUAAAGAGCUCAUUCAGAAAUUACAUCGCCCAGAGCCUGGAGGGCUCACCCCUCAUGGCAAUGCCACUGCUCGCCCCGCUGAGGGUGCGCUCGCCAGCCCGACGGCUGAGCCUCCGGGACAAGUUCAUGUUUAACCCCCAGGGCCCUAACCCCUGACCCCCUGAGCAGAACACCCCCUGCCCCCACCCCCUCAAUUAAAUUCAAAUAUGUAUUUUUAUUUACCUCAGAGGGAACUUCAUGAACUCACCCUAGAAACUACCACCUCAUACCCUUCUCUCUCUGUUUUGGUGCCAAGAAUUAGUCCUAAAUGACCUGCCCUUCCUUAGCCACAUUCACCUUGGUUGUGUUCAUUAGGCACCAACGGAAGAAAACUGACUGAAACAGCAGAGGGGCUACCUGGACUUUUUCCCAUUUUCUGUUGUAAGACUUGUAGACAUUUUAAAGAAUGUUCCGUUGCGUGCCCUAAUGAACAUGAUGCCCCAGAGUGAGCAGGCCCUGGCCCAUUCUCGCCCUGCAGGGAUUGGUGACCACACACACAGUCAGUAUUACUUGAGACAUUCCAUAAGCCCCCUCUGAAUGAAUACAACACAAUAGGACUGUGAUAUGAAAUAUUACUGUGAUGUGAAAACACGGUCUUCUGUUUCCCUCAUUCUAACCGAGAUUUGACUUAUUUUUGGGCCUUGGGAUGGUGUUGUCCCAUAUUGUUUACCGGAAGUGUGGUGACUAUUGUUUGACUGAUUUAAUAUGUAUUUGUGACAAAUGCUGUGAAUUGCCUUGGAUGAACACCUCUGCAAAUUCAAGCCAUAUGAACGAUAUUAAUAAUAAGCUAUGAUAUAAUAAGAUGCACUAGGCUAUCAUUUAUUCCCCCCUGCUCCUCAAGUGAAAAUGGUUUAACCCUGAUUGUCUUUCUGCUCCUCAAGUGAAAAUGGUUUAAACCUGAUUUCUUCCUCCCUACUGUUCUGAAGUAAGGUUAACUCUAGGGCUGUUAUUAUGAGAUGUUAUGGGAUAGGGAGGGACACAGGGAAUCACCCUCGAAUCAAAGGAUCAUUUGAUCCCCUCCCAGCUUCUCUCACCUUUCUUUUAUACAAAUCGACCCACCUCAAAGUGAAUCAAGGCUUUGAUUUUGAACGGACACUAAGUCAUUCAAGCAUUUCUGUACUAACCGAUCACUCAUAAAUCAUAUCCUACUUUGUUUGUUUCUUUUUGUUACUUUUGACUUCACACUUUCCUCUCCUCCUCCUCCUCCGUCUCUCCUCCUCACUUCCUCCUCCUUUCCUCCACUCUUCUCAGAUGCGUUCAGGCCAGAUCACUCGUAAGCUGUGGGGCUCCAGCAAGCGCCUGACCCAGAUCUCCUCGGGAGAGACAGAGUACCAACCAGCCUGCAACCAGAACUGACCUCACAACCACCCCUUCCACCACCCCUUCCACUACCACCACGCCCCCUCACCCUGCUGCCUGCCUGAUUGGCCCGCCAGCCCUGCCAAUCAUCACAUUCUACCCAAUCAGAUUGAACCACCCAUUGUUUUGAUUGACUGAUGACUGUUUUGGGGGAAUCUUACUCUCCUUUUCUGUUCCUCCCUCUGACUUGGGAAGGACAGACUGACCCACGAGCGGGUGGAAGACAGGUUGCAUGUUUGUGUUUGUUUGUGUGUUUUAACUGUGUGUGAAGGUUGGGCGGAUGUGUAGGACCAUAGGGCAGGUCAGGACGGACCAACCGGCGCGGGCGUCGAGUUUCUGAUCCAACUGUAGGUGCAUGCAUCCCCUCACACACACACCAAACUCCUACCUACCCCCUUAUCCCACCCCAACCCAUCCCCUUCAAUGACACCCAUGGCCAUUACUCUUCAUCUUCCUCCAUCAUCAUCAUCACUAGCACGGUCAGUUCCGUGGUUCCCACUACUACAGAGCCCCUCUAUGCAGACACACACUACAGCAGUCUGAGAUGACCUCUGACCCCUCCACCUCUCAGGCCCAAGGAAAGAAGGGGAUCCCCAACAUAGAAAUAUAAUUACUCCAAUGGGAACACUUCAUAUGGUUGACGGUCCACCCAUCACAUAACACUGACUUCAAUGGGAAUUUCUGUUCUAGUAAUUAUAUUUCUCUGGUCACCAAGAUUACCCACUUCUCUAAACCCUGAGCCCGAGACCACUGAGCGUGUGUGUAUGUACGCUGUUUUUGUUUCUGUGUGUUAUCUCUCGCUGGUUGUUUUCUCCAGUGGCCUUUGUUGACUUGGUUUUGCCUUCCAGUCUGACUAGGCUGUGACCGAUGCCUCAGGGCUCCUAUCCUAUGCAGCGAUAUGCAGCAGUAAGGGGCUAUGUUCAGUCACAAUACAAUGUUUUUGUUUAGUUUUUUGUGUUUGAUGUUACUGAUAAUUUGUUUAGUUCUUUUACAGAUGUGUUCAAGGUGUGUGGUUAGGUUAGGUUGUAUUUUGCGUGGAAUUUCUGGCCCACUCCUCGCUUAGUAUAGAGGACGGGGCUCUAGGGUAGCUAACACUCGUACUAAGCCUAACACACACACUUGUUUGCUAAUGUUCACAUGCAUAGACUCCUCCCUAUUGGAGAAGCCUCUGAUUGCGUUCCAGGUCACCUCUAUUGCAGCCGUGCUACACUUCUCAGUAGAUUUCUAAAUCACAUUCAUGUGGUUCCUGAGAUGUUGAACACUUCUCCAGGCGUUGUGAGAU